GCAGGGACAGCUGGUUUUGCUCGUUGGUCUGAUGGAUAUUACUAUCGAGGCCAAAUCAUAUCCAGUGGUGAAUCAGAUCAGAUGGUUUUUCGUAGUGUUCGGGAAUAUGAUGUAAGCUUUUCACCAAGCGAUUGGCAAGCGUUCGUUCCUGAUGUUACACCAGUCCGAAAGAGUACACCAUCAAGUUCCAGAGUAAUUACCCCUAUAUUUACAAAUAAGUAUCAAGCUGGGACGAUUGUCUUCAUAAAUGCGUCUUCUUUCACUUACAAAGUCCGUCAUGACGAUGGCGGAGGAGAGUCCCAUUUUAAUUUAACUGAUCUAAGACUAAUGCACCCAGGUUUUGCAGGUACGUACUGACAAUGUAAACGUUAAACAUCAUUGAACACAUGCACUGACGGCCUUUUCAUAACUACCAUGCCAAAUGGGCUGCCUGCAGCUUUUCGCGGCAAUUUUUAGCAACGAAGAUCUUAGCAUGAAUAAAUUCAGAGUAUGCACAGGGUCGCCAGUUUAACAGCAAUGAAAUUAGUUGAGUAUUCAAAUACUGGUUGAGGGCUUAUCGAAAUCAAUUUUUAAUUUAACUUAUAAAGUAGAUUCUAGAUCAUAAAAAGAUGAAUAAAUAGAUGAUGAGAAGCGUUUAAAUCUACAACGAAGAAAAUAACGAGAUGAUUUUGAGGCGCGCAUUCCAUUACAAUAGACCUUUUUAGUGAUACGGCGGCCAUAUUGAAUUAACUCGAUUAAAGGAAUAUUAUAGAAUGCCCAGGGGACAUGAACAAGAUCCGUUGUACUCGCUUAGUAUUAGAAAUAUGGUGUUUCACUGUAUAUUUCUCGGGAAAAAGGCGAUCAUUAUUACAUCCUAACAAGGCACAGCGAUCUUUUUUCCCAUUCUACAGUCUUAUUCUAAGAGAAUUUUAAGAAAAAAUGCCCCGAAAGGCCCUCGCAAAUACUUUAAUAACGGUAUGUGCUAAUCCCCCCCCGGCAAUCCAUAAUACUCCUUAAAUCUAACCUAUUCAAUAUGGCCGCCGCAUCGGUAAAAAGGUCUAUUAGAAGGCUGACAUUACAGUCCUAAACAAAGGACAAAAUAUAUCCGCUGACUUUGCUUCUGGUUUCUAAGCUAAGAUGAAGAGGUAGUACUUGACUUUGUGCAGCAAAAUUUUUGAAACCGACGAUCCAGCAGAACACGUAUAUGUAUUAAUUUAUAUGUUACAUAAAGUUUAAUCUGAGAUGAACUUCAUGAGCAUUCAUUGGGCAAUUUCCAAAAAUUGUAAAAUGUAAAAUGUUACAAGGGUGCUAAUGGAGUGAACAGGGAAAACGAGCUAUGCCCCGGAAUAUGGAAUAUCUAUAAUCUGGAAUGUGUGGACAGUGUUACAUUAAACUGUUCCGGCUAUAUUUUGCGUUUCUUUUUCGUCGAAUUAUUUACAGUUGAUAUUUUUUUAAAUUAACUAACUGCAAUUAAAAAUCCUUCAAAUUUGGUAAGCGCUAGUUGAUUAUGAAGAAUUAGCAAGGGGAUUUAGCCAGUUAGAAACGGAAAAAUUUUUUUGAAUAAUAACUUAAAUUAUCAUCGGUAUAAUCAUUAUUAUAAUUAUAAGUAUUUUAAUACAAUUAAAAUGGCUUCUUUCCCGGCAGAGUUCGGACAUGAUUGCUUGGAUUUACUUUACAAAGGAUACACCCAAAAUGGCUUUUAUUACAUCUAUCCGGAUGGUGCCAGCUUCAUAAAAGCCUUCUGUGACCAGGAAACUAACGGUGGGGGGUGGACUGUCUUCCAACGGCGAUUCGAUGGCUCACUGGAUUUUUUCCGUGACUGGAACAGUUAUAAAGAGGGAUUUGGAGACUUUGGUUCCGAGUUCUGGCUUGGAAACGAUAAUAUCCAUAAGAUUACUUUGCAAGAUUCACAAUUGUUAAUCGAGCUCGAGGACUUCAACGGUGAAACAGCACAUGCGUUUUAUGACUCAUUUCGCGUUGGCUCGGAAGGUGAAAAAUAUGUUCUUCAUUUGGGCGAAUUCACCGGGACAGGAGGGGAUUCUAUGUCUUCUAUGCAUAACGGUAUGAAGUUCAGCACAAGGGAUCAAGAUAAUGACGAUGAUUCUAAUUCAUGCGCGCAGACCUACACAGGUGCAUGGUGGUACGGAUCAUGUCAUUUAGCGAAUCUAAAUGGCCAAUAUGGUGUAGAUACGUAUGGUAAAGGAAUUAAUUGGCAAACAUGGAAAGGUCAUGAUCAUUCUCUAAAAGCAACAGCAAUGAAAGUGAGGCCACGUCGAGGUGAGACAUUAUUUCAUAACACCUAACACUCUAGUAAGCUAAUUUGAGACAUUUUUAGCACUAUUUUUCCAUUCCACCAUUUGAGUUUUCAAACCAAGAAAUAGCCUGAUAUCUAAUUUAAUGGUGUGUCGUUGUCACGAGGCGUUAUUCUUUGGUUUGGUACUAUAACAGUUUAUUGUGACCAUCCGUUUGAACAGGACACUCGUCGCUAAAACGCGUCAUUUAGGUACGAUUCAAGAAACGUUUAUACUUUGGCCAGACUGCUGGUUGUAUUCAAAAUUCUACUUCAUCCUGUAUGUUAUGUUUUUUAAAAGCCUUAACUAAUACAUGUUUUCGUGUAAAAUAAAAAAUUUCCUUUGUAAAUAUCUUAUUAUCCACUCCCCUCAGGGCUUUUCAGGGAUAAUUUACAACACUGGUUGGGGGACUUUGCCAGACUGCUUAAGGUGCAGUUUACAAGUAAUGAAGGAAUGAGUAAUGAUGCCCCCAUACAUGAGUGUGAAAGUGAGAUAGACCACUACACCGGGCACUACGUGCCCUACUCUUUACGAAGAGUGUGUGGGUUCUUUAACGUCCCACAGAUUUAAUACAUGUGCAAGGGCUUGUGAGACGGGGCCUACGGUUUAUCGUCCUUAUCCGAGAAGACUAGAAAGUCUAGCCGUUUGCAGAUAUUAUUACAAAGGCAGCACUUUCUCCUCAGUUAUUUAAAGACCCUGAGUGUUGGUCCGGCCGGGGUUUGAACCCGCGACCUCCCGCUCAGCAGACCGGCGCUCUCCCAACUGAGCUAACCAGGCGGCGGUUCAGCUAACCAGGCGGCGGUUCAAAUAAAUUUCAAAAAUCGUGGUCCAGUAUUGUUAUUCAAGACUAUCGACUUAAUCACUGAAACUGCUUGUCUAUUGCUACGGAUAACAAGAAUGAAGAUGGAUUGAAACUUAAAAAUAUGAGCCAACUUUUUCAAGUUUUAAUGCUAGUAUGCUUCCCUACUUAGUGCUCCCUAAUAAAAAAUUGUUUGAUGUCUUUUUCUCUACAGGAGCAUUUUGUGUAUCAGUUUAAGAUAGUCACUAAAUAAUGACUAUAAGCAGUAUAAUGGGGUAACGGGGUUGAUUUAACGUGGCAAAGUAUGAUAAUUGUAGCCAGACAAAUGAGGUCCAAUAAACAAUUUCUACCUUUCGUAUAGAGGUUUCACCACGGUCAAACGAGAGAGAUUUUUUAAUCGGUUUGUAAAAGCUAAGCAAAGUGCUGUCAAAGCUAAGGAUUUUAGUUUCACUGUUCAAUAAGUUUGAUAUUAUUUUCAACACUCGGUUAUAAUUUAUGAACGUUUAUUAAAAAAGAUUUUUUAUUUUUUGAAAUUCGAAACUCAUGUUAAACUGCCGAAGCCAUUUGUCAAGAACAGAAUGACUGUUACUAAACGCAAAGUGUUCCUAUCGAAAAGAAGCUUGUAAAUUGGAAAAAAAAAUGCAAAGACCGAGUUCUGUUAAAUAAUUCUUUUGUAAAUCCUUAUCCAUGCUUCUCAAUGUUGAAUGACAUCCAACUAAAAAUUAAAAAAAAAAAAAGGAACUCGAAAGUUUGACGGCGUGGAUAUCGAGGUAAGGUACUAAAAAUGGCUAUAUAGCUCUCUGUUAAAAUACUUGGCUGUGGAAAAACUGAAUAGAUUUACACUUUAAUUUUUAUUUAACUUCUCUAAAAUUCAUACCUUUCAUUAAAGAGCGCGACGUUUAUUAUGAGCUGGUAUUCAGUGGAGCUCCCUCAGACUACGUUCUGUUCCCUCGAAUCACUGAUUUCAGAGAUGUGUCAUCCUGCUGGUGGAUUAAGACCUUGGGGGGACCAGACUGGCAAACAGUUUUCUCUCUUCACAAUCACAGUGACAACACUAGCGUCUUGAGUCUUUCUUUUAGCUUGAAUGGUCAUUAUGAGUUCCGCGUGAACAGUGAAGUAAGGUAAUAGCUUUGUUUUUACUUGUUUUUUCCUGUCAACGAGAGUAUAGAACUGAUUGCUAUAAACGUACGAGAAAGAUACACAUUCCUUCAAAACAUUAAGGCUUUCUGUACCUACACCACACCAAUCUCUAAAGAGCAAGCGUCAGCGCUUACUUAAGCAGCCAAGAAUUUCAUCCGCUCAGCAAGACCUAAAACAAACAAUUGACUUAAAAACCUGUCAUGCAUGGAAUUUGUCACGUGGCAUGACACAAGUGCUGAUUCUUAAAGGAUGGGGGUACUUUUUAAAUAUGAUAAGUUUUAUCCAAGGUUCUUUGAAAAGGGCUAAAAUACCAUCUCAUCUGUUUCUGGUAAGUUUAACCUUUUAGCAGAAGAAAGUUGAGUAAUUUCUCUCUCUUCCUUUCAAGCAGCUCCGACUGUAUCCUUUCAUAAAAAUUCAACACUCCUCAUGUGAGCUCAUGUGGGCUGACUGCCUGUACUUAGCAGUAUAUCAAAGUAACUUCACUGACUACAAUCUCCGUGUGAUAACAGACAGUCGUUGCCCUCAACCACAAAACGAAAUGAUUCACCUUCUUCAGGCUGACCCUGAUAUGUUCACUGCUACAGGAACUGUCUUUUGAUACAAUCUUGGACAAAACCCUUGCGUACUUGGAGAGUAUUUUUCUAAACUGUAUCUCGUAGCCGUUGGCGCAUGAUUCUUCCCUCCCCCCUUCCCCUGGAAACAGUGUUGUUGUGUUUUCAAGAGAAAGACCCAUCUCUGGACGUUUGUAGGAAACAACGUUGAACUGGCGGAGGGGGGUUCCUUUAUGCAAAGCCGCUGAUUUGAAAAUAGUUUUGUCUGCCAAGAGAGAAUUGGUCUGCCUAAGGUAGUGCCCAUUAACGAAAAAAAAGUUCUCAAAUAAUUCUGCCCGGGAUUUUAGAGGGAGAGAGAGAACUAUCCCCAGGUUUCCCUCUCUAUGUCAGGCCUUUCACCUCAGAUGUGCUUGUACUGAGCUCCGGGUAUCUUAGUAGAGGUUUUACAAUAGUAUACUAGAAGCUCAUAUAAUUCAUUUUGAUUUCGCAGGACCUUCUAUCUUGAAAACUACUUUAUUACAGACGCUAUCUGGCAUCACGUGUGCACCAUGUGGUUUUCAGAAUCGGGAACGUGGAAGGCUUUCAUCGACGGUAAAAUGCGAGCAACAGUAACAGACUUAACUCCUUAUAGACCAGGCAUUGGCUACUUAGUAAUAGGAAGAUUCCAGGGCAGCUUAGCUCAUUUUAAUAUAUGGGAUAAGGAUAUUGGUUUUGGUGAUCCGUUAAGAGACCUGGGACGUUCUUUGAUCACCGGAAAUGUUGUACCAUGGACCGAAGUACAAUUUUGGCGCUCUGGAAAUGUGACGAAGAAGAAGUCAUCCCUCUGCAAAUUGUCAGGUGAGGAGUGCAAAUACAUGCAAAGAGGUCACCAUUGAAAAGCGGUCAGUCAACGAAGGGUGGAUCACAUGGUAUAGUAUUUAACCCAUUCGCUCCUGGAGAUUUUGCCGAAAAACGCGUUUUGAAGCUAGUCGAGUGGUUUUCUGGUCACUGUCGUGCUAUAAAGAGCUAAAACUUACCACAAACCGGUUUACAGGUCGUACACUUGGCGGCCUUCUGAUCCAGAUGCAAAAUAUCAGCUUACGAAGUUCGGGCAUGCGCAGAAAGCAAAAUUUCGACAUAGUUUUUGGGUUUAAAAGUGACACAGCAGUCUUGACUUUUACUUUCCGCUUUCUCUCCUCCCUUCUUUUUUCGCUUUUCUUGCCUCAUUUUUUUUUUCUCUUGCUGGGCAUUUAGUAGGCUUCAUUUUGGUGGGAAGAGUUUUUAGGAAAGCUUUUAGGAUCUUAGGAUUAGGUGAAAGGAAAGGUAGGUGGGUAAUGGAACAAGAUUUUCAAGGAGAUUUUCAGGUCCUUGUCACGUGGUUUUUUGCUUCUUUCUCCAGUGUCCUUGACUGAAUUGUGCUCAUUCUGGUAUGGUUUGAAAGAUCUCUUCACCCUGCACAAGUUAACGAAGACACAGCAGUCUUGACUUUUUACUUUCCGCUUUCUCUCCUCCCUUCUUUUUUUCGCUUUUCUUGCCUUUUUUUUUUUUUUUUUCUCUUGCUGGGCAUUUAGUAGGCUUCAUUUUGGUGGGAAGAGUUUUUAGGAAAGCUUUUAGGAUCUUAGGAUUAGGUGAAAGGAAAGGUAGGUGGGUAAUGGAACAAGAUUUUCAAGGAGAUUUUCAGGUCCUUGUCACGUGGUUUUUUGCUUCUUUCUCCAGUGUCCUUGACUGAAUUGUGCUCAUUCUGGUAUGGUUUGAAAGAUCUCUUCACCCUGCACAAGUUAACGAAGACACAGCAGUCUUGACUUUUACUUUCCGCUUUCUCUCCUCCCUUUUUUUUCGCUUUUCUUGCCUCAUUUUUUUUUUUUUCUCUUGCUGGGCAUUUAGUAGGCUUCAUUUUGGUGGGAAGAGUUUUUAGGAAAGCUUUUUAGGAUCUUAGGAUUAGGUGAAAGGAAAGGUAGGUGGGUAAUGGAACAAGAUUUUCAAGGAGAUUUUCAGGUCCUUGUCACGUGGUUUUUUGCUUCUUUCUCCAGUGUCCUUGACUGAAUUGUGCUCAUUCUGGUAUGGUUUGAAAGAUCUCUUCACCCUGCACAAGUUAACGAAGACACAGCAGUCUUGACUUUUACUUUCCGCUUUCUCUCCUCCCUUCUUUUUUUUCGCUUUUUCUUGCCUUUGCCUUUUUUUUUUUUUUUUUUCUCUUGCUGGGCAUUUAGUAGGCUUCAUUUUGGUGGGAAGAGUUUUUAGGAAAGCUUUUAGGAUCUUAGGAUUAGGUGAAAGGAAAGGUAGGUGGGUAAUGGAACAAGAUUUUCAAGGAGAUUUUCAGGUCCUUGUCACGUGGUUUUUUGCUUCUUUCUCCAGUGUCCUUGACUGAAUUGUGCUCAUUCUGGUAUGGUUUGAAAGAUCUCUUCACCCUGCACAAGUUAACGAAGACACAGCAGUCUUGACUUUUACUUUCCGCUUUCUCUCCUCCCUUCUUUUUUCGCUUUUCUUGCCUCAUUUUUUUUUUCUCUUGCUGGGCAUUUAGUAGGCUUCAUUUUGGUGGGAAGAGUUUUUAGGAAAGCUUUUAGGAUCUUAGGAUUAGGUGAAAGGAAAGGUAGGUGGGUAAUGGAACAAGAUUUUCAAGGAGAUUUUCAGGUCCUUGUCACGUGGUUUUUUGCUUCUUUCUCCAGUGUCCUUGACUGAAUUGUGCUCAUUCUGGUAUGGUUUGAAAGAUCUCUUCACCCUGCACAAGUUAACGAAGACACAGCAGUCUUGACUUUUACUUUCCGCUUUCUCUCCUCCCUUUUUUUUCGCUUUUCUUGCCUCAUUUUUUUUUUUCUCUUGCUGGGCAUUUAGUAGGCUUCAUUUUGGUGGGAAGAGUUUUUAGGAAAGCUUUUUAGGAUCUUAGGAUUAGGUGAAAGGAAAGGUAGGUGGGUAAUGGAACAAGAUUUUCAAGGAGAUUUUCAGGUCCUUGUCACGUGGUUUUUUGCUUCUUUCUCCAGUGUCCUUGACUGAAUUGUGCUCAUUCUGGUAUGGUUUGAAAGAUCUCUUCACCCUGCACAAGUUAACGAAGACACAGCAGUCUUGACUUUUACUUUCCGCUUUCUCUCCUCCCUUCUUUUUUCGCUUUUCUUGCCUCAUUUUUUUUUUCUCUUGCUGGGCAUUUAGUAGGCUUCAUUUUGGUGGGAAGAGUUUUUAGGAAAGCUUUUAGGAUCUUAGGAUUAGGUGAAAGGAAAGGUAGGUGGGUAAUGGAACAAGAUUUUCAAGGAGAUUUUCAGGUCCUUGUCACGUGGUUUUUUGCUUCUUUCUCCAGUGUCCUUGACUGAAUUGUGCUCAUUCUGGUAUGGUUUGAAAGAUCUCUUCACCCUGCACAAGUUAACGAAGACACAGCAGUCUUGACUUUUACUUUCCGCUUUCUCUCCUCCCUUCUUUUUUCGCUUUUCUUGCCUCAUUUUUUUUUUCUUUUCUCGCUGGUCGCAUUGGCUUCAUUUUGGUGGGAAGAGUUUUUAGGAAAGCUUUUAGGAUCUUAGGAUUAGGUGAAAGGAAAGGUAGGUGGGUAAUGGAACAAGAUUUUCAAGGAGAUUUUCAGGUCCUUGUCACGUGGUUUUUGCUUCUUUCUCCAGUGUCCUUGACUGAAUUGUGCUCAUUCUGGUAUGGUUUGAAAGAUCUCUUCACCCUGCACAAGUUAACGAAGACACAGCAGUCUUGACUUUUACUUUCCGCUUUCUCUCCUCCCUUCUUUUUUUCGCUUUUCUUGCCUUUUUUUUUUUUCUCUUGCUGGGCAUUUAGUAGGCUUCAUUUUGGUGGGAAGAGUUUUUAGGAAAGCUUUUAGGAUCUUAGGAUUAGGUGAAAGGAAAGGUAGGUGGGUAAUGGAACAAGAUUUUCAAGGAGAUUUUCAGGUCCUUGUCACGUUUUUUUGCUUCUUUCUCCAGUGUCCUUGACUGAAUUGUGCUCAUUCUGGUAUGGUUUGAAAGAUCUCUUCACCCUGCACAAGUUAACGAAGACACAGCAGUCUUGACUUUUACUUUCCGCUUUUCUCCUCCCUCUUUUUUCUUUUUUUUCUUGCCCUUUUUUUUUUUUUUUUUUCUCUUGCUGGGCAUUUAGUAGGCUUCAUUUUGGUGGGAAGAGUUUUUAGGAAAGCUUUUAGGAUCUUAGGAUUAGGUGAAAGGAAAGGUAGGUGGGUAAUGGAACAAGAUUUUCAAGGAGAUUUUCAGGUCCUUGUCACGUGGUUUUUUGCUUCUUUCUCCAGUGUCCUUGACUGAAUUGUGCUCAUUCUGGUAUGGUUUGAAAGAUCUCUUCACCCUGCACAAGUUAACGAAGACACAGCAGUCUUGACUUUUACUUUCCUUUCUCUCCUCCUUCUUUUUUUUUCGCUUUUCUUGCCUCAUUUUUUUUUUUUUUUCUCUUGCUGGGCAUUUAGUAGGCUUCAUUUUGGUGGGAAGAGUUUUUAGGAAAGCUUUUAGGAUCUUAGGAUUAGGUGAAAGGAAAGGUAGGUGGGUAAUGGAACAAGAUUUUCAAGGAGAUUUUCAGGUCCUUGUCACGUGGUUUUUUGCUUCUUUCUCCAGUGUCCUUGACUGAAUUGUGCUCAUUCUGGUAUGGUUUGAAAGAUCUCUUCACCCUGCACAAGUUAACGAAGACACAGCAGUCUUGACUUUUACUUUCCGCUUUCUCUCCUCCCUUCUUUUUUUUCGCUUUUCUUGCCUUUUUUUUUUUUUUUUUUCUCUUGCUGGGCAUUUAGUAGGCUUCAUUUUGGUGGGAAGAGUUUUUAGGAAAGCUUUUAGGAUCUUAGGAUUAGGUGAAAGGAAAGGUAGGUGGGUAAUGGAACAAGAUUUUCAAGGAGAUUUUCAGGUCCUUGUCACGUGGUUUUUUUGCUUCUUUCUCCAGUGUCCUUGACUGAAUUGUGCUCAUUCUGGUAUGGUUUGAAAGAUCUCUUCACCCUGCACAAGUUAACGAAGACACAGCAGUCUUGACUUUUACUUUCCGCUUUCUCUCCUCCCUUCUUUUUUUCGCUUUUCUUGCCUCAUUUUUUUUUUUUCUCUUGCUGGGCAUUUAGUAGGCUUCAUUUUGGUGGGAAGAGUUUUUAGGAAAGCUUUUAGGAUCUUAGGAUUAGGUGAAAGGAAAGGUAGGUGGGUAAUGGAACAAGAUUUUCAAGGAGAUUUUCAGGUCCUUGUCACGUGGUUUUUGCUUCUUUCUCCAGUGUCCUUGACUGAAUUGUGCUCAUUCUGGUAUGGUUUGAAAGAUCUCUUCACCCUGCACAAGUUAACGAAGACACAGCAGUCUUGACUUUUACUUUCCGCUUUCUCUCCUCCCUUCUUUUUUUCGCUUUUCUUGCCUCAUUUUUUUUUUUUUUCUCUUGCUGGGCAUUUAGUAGGCUUCAUUUUGGUGGGAAGAGUUUUUAGGAAAGCUUUUAGGAUCUUAGGAUUAGGUGAAAGGAAAGGUAGGUGGGUAAUGGAACAAGAUUUUCAAGGAGAUUUUCAGGUCCUUGUCACGUGGUUUUUUGCUUCUUUCUCCAGUGUCCUUGACUGAAUUGUGCUCAUUCUGGUAUGGUUUGAAAGAUCUCUUCACCCUGCACAAGUUAACGAAGACACAGCAGUCUUGACUUUUACUUUCCGCUUUCUCUCUCCCUUUUUUUUUUUCGCUUUUCUUGCCUCACUUUUUUUUUUUUUUUUUCUCUUGCUGGGCAUUUAGUAGGCUUCAUUUUGGUGGGAAGAGUUUUUAGGAAAGCUUUUAGGAUCUUAGGAUUAGGUGAAAGGAAAGGUAGGUGGGUAAUGGAACAAGAUUUUCAAGGAGAUUUUCAGGUCCUUGUCACGUGGUUUUUGCUUCUUUCUCCAGUGUCCUUGACUGAAUUGUGCUCAUUCUGGUAUGGUUUGAAAGAUCUCUUCACCCUGCACAAGUUAACGAAGACACAGCAGUCUUGACUUUUACUUUCCGCUUUCUCCUCCCUUCUUUUUUUUUCGCUUUUCUUGCCUUUUUUUUUUUCUCUUGCUGGGCAUUUAGUAGGCUUCAUUUUGGUGGGAAGAGUUUUUAGGAAAGCUUUUAGGAUCUUAGGAUUAGGUGAAAGGAAAGGUAGGUGGGUAAUGGAACAAGAUUUUCAAGGAGAUUUUCAGGUCCUUGUCACGUGGUUUUUUGCUUCUUUCUCCAGUGUCCUUGACUGAAUUGUGCUCAUUCUGGUAUGGUUUGAAAGAUCUCUUCACCCUGCACAAGUUAACGAAGACACAGCAGUCUUGACUUUUACUUUCCGCUUUCUCUCCUCCCUUCUUUUUUUCGCUUUUCUUGCCUCAUUUUUUUUUUCUCUUGCUGGGCAUUUAGUAGGCUUCAUUUUGGUGGGAAGAGUUUUUAGGAAAGCUUUUAGGAUCUUAGGAUUAGGUGAAAGGAAAGGUAGGUGGGUAAUGGAACAAGAUUUUCAAGGAGAUUUUCAGGUCCUUGUCACGUGGUUUUUUGCUUCUUUCUCCAGUGUCCUUGACUGAAUUGUGCUCAUUCUGGUAUGGUUUGAAAGAUCUCUUCACCCUGCACAAGUUAACGAAGACACAGCAGUCUUGACUUUUACUUUCCGCUUUCUCUCCUCCCUUUUUUUUUCUUUUCUUGCCUCAUUUUUUUUUUUUUCUCUUGCUGGGCAUUUAGUAGGCUUCAUUUUGGUGGGAAGAGUUUUUAGGAAAGCUUUUAGGAUCUUAGGAUUAGGUGAAAGGAAAGGUAGGUGGGUAAUGGAACAAGAUUUUCAAGGAGAUUUUCAGGUCCUUGUCACGUGGUUUUUUGCUUCUUUCUCCAGUGUCCUUGACUGAAUUGUGCUCAUUCUGGUAUGGUUUGAAAGAUCUCUUCACCCUGCACAAGUUAACGAAGACACAGCAGUCUUGACUUUUACUUUCCGCUUUCUCUCCUCCCUUCUUUUUUCGCUUUUCUUGCCUCAUUUUUUUUUUUCUCUUGCUGGGCAUUUAGUAGGCUUCAUUUUGGUGGGAAGAGUUUUUAGGAAAGCUUUUAGGAUCUUAGGAUUAGGUGAAAGGAAAGGUAGGUGGGUAAUGGAACAAGAUUUUCAAGGAGAUUUUCAGGUCCUUGUCACGUGGUUUUUUGCUUCUUUCUCCAGUGUCCUUGACUGAAUUGUGCUCAUUCUGGUAUGGUUUGAAAGAUCUCUUCACCCUGCACAAGUUAACGAAGACACAGCAGUCUUGACUUUUACUUUCCGCUUUCUCCUCCCUUCUUUUUUCGCUUUUCUUGCCUCUUUUUUUUUUUUUUUUCUCUUGCUGGGCAGUGAUUUAGCUUCAUUUUGGUGGGAAGAGUUUUUAGGAAAGCUUUUAGGAUCUUAGGAUUAGGUGAAAGGAAAGGUAGGUGGGUAAUGGAACAAGAUUUUCAAGGAGAUUUUCAGGUCCUUGUCACGUGGUUUUUGCUUCUUUCUCCAGUGUCCUUGACUGAAUUGUGCUCAUUCUGGUAUGGUUUGAAAGAUCUCUUCACCCUGCACAAGUUAACGAAGACACAGCAGUCUUGACUUUUUUACUUUCCGCUUUCUCUCCUCCCUUCUUUUUUCGCUUUUCUUGCCUCAUUUUUUUUUUUUUCUCUUGCUGGGCAUUUAGUAGGCUUCAUUUUGGUGGGAAGAGUUUUUAGGAAAGCUUUUAGGAUCUUAGGAUUAGGUGAAAGGAAAGGUAGGUGGGUAAUGGAACAAGAUUUUCAAGGAGAUUUUCAGGUCCUUGUCACGUGGUUUUUGCUUCUUUCUCCAGUGUCCUUGACUGAAUUGUGCUCAUUCUGGUAUGGUUUGAAAGAUCUCUUCACCCUGCACAAGUUAACGAAGACACAGCAGUCUUGACUUUUACUUUCCGCUUUCUCUCCUCCCUUCUUCUUUUUUCGCUUUUUUCUUGCCUUUUUUUUUUUUCUCUUGCUGGGCAUUUAGUAGGCUUCAUUUUGGUGGGAAGAGUUUUUAGGAAAGCUUUUAGGAUCUUAGGAUUAGGUGAAAGGAAAGGUAGGUGGGUAAUGGAACAAGAUUUUCAAGGAGAUUUUCAGGUCCUUGUCACGUGGUUUUUUGCUUCUUUCUCCAGUGUCCUUGACUGAAUUGUGCUCAUUCUGGUAUGGUUUGAAAGAUCUCUUCACCCUGCACAAGUUAACGAAGACACAGCAGUCUUGACUUUUACUUUCCUUUCUCUCCUCCCUUCUUUUUUUUUCGCUUUUCUUGCCUCAUUUUUUUUUUUUCUCUUGCUGGGCAUUUAGUAGGCUUCAUUUUGGUGGGAAGAGUUUUUAGGAAAGCUUUUAGGAUCUUAGGAUUAGGUGAAAGGAAAGGUAGGUGGGUAAUGGAACAAGAUUUUCAAGGAGAUUUUCAGGUCCUUGUCACGUGUUUUUUGCUUCUUUCUCCAGUGUCCUUGACUGAAUUGUGCUCAUUCUGGUAUGGUUUGAAAGAUCUCUUCACCCUGCACAAGUUAACGAAGACACAGCAGUCUUGACUUUUACUUUCCGCUUUCUCUCCUCCCUUCUUUUUUCGCUUUUCUUGCCUCAUUUUUUUUUUUUCUCUUGCUGGGCAUUUAGUAGGCUUCAUUUUGGUGGGAAGAGUUUUUUUAGGAAAGCUUUUAGGAUCUUAGGAUUAGGUGAAAGGAAAGGUAGGUGGGUAAUGGAACAAGAUUUUCAAGGAGAUUUUCAGGUCCUUGUCACGUGGUUUUUUGCUUCUUUCUCCAGUGUCCUUGACUGAAUUGUGCUCAUUCUGGUAUGGUUUGAAAGAUCUCUUCACCCUGCACAAGUUAACGAAGACACAGCAGUCUUGACUUUUACUUUCCGCUUUCUCUCCUCCCUUCUUUUUUUUCGCUUUUCUUGCCUCAUUUUUUUUUUUUCUCUUGCUGGGCAUUUAGUAGGCUUCAUUUUGGUGGGAAGAGUUUUUAGGAAAGCUUUUUAGGAUCUUAGGAUUAGGUGAAAGGAAAGGUAGGUGGGUAAUGGAACAAGAUUUUCAAGGAGAUUUUCAGGUCCUUGUCACGUGGUUUUUUGCUUCUUUCUCCAGUGUCCUUGACUGAAUUGUGCUCAUUCUGGUAUGGUUUGAAAGAUCUCUUCACCCUGCACAAGUUAACGAAGACACAGCAGUCUUGACUUUUACUUUCCGCUUUCUCUCCUCCCUUCUUUUUUUUUCGCUUUUCUUGCCUCAUUUUUUUUUUUCUCUUGCUGGGCAUUUAGUAGGCUUCAUUUUGGUGGGAAGAGUUUUUAGGAAAGCUUUUAGGAUCUUAGGAUUAGGUGAAAGGAAAGGUAGGUGGGUAAUGGAACAAGAUUUUCAAGGAGAUUUUCAGGUCCUUGUCACGUGGUUUUUGCUUCUUUCUCCAGUGUCCUUGACUGAAUUGUGCUCAUUCUGGUAUGGUUUGAAAGAUCUCUUCACCCUGCACAAUAACGAAGACACAGCAGUCUUGACUUUUACUUUCCGCUUUCUCUCCUCCCUUCUUUUUUUUUCGCUUUUCUUGCCUCAUUUUUUUUUUUUCUCUUGCUGGGCAUUUAGUAGGCUUCAUUUUGGUGGGAAGAGUUUUUAGGAAAGCUUUUAGGAUCUUAGGAUUAGGUGAAAGGAAAGGUAGGUGGGUAAUGGAACAAGAUUUUCAAGGAGAUUUUCAGGUCCUUGUCACGUGGUUUUUUGCUUCUUUCUCCAGUGUCCUUGACUGAAUUGUGCUCAUUCUGGUAUGGUUUGAAAGAUCUCUUCACCCUGCACAAGUUAACGAAGACACAGCAGUCUUGACUUUUACUUUCCGCUUUCUCUCCUCCCUUCUUUUUUCGCUUUUCUUGCCUCUUUUUUUUUUUCUCUUGCUGGGCAUUUAGUAGGCUUCAUUUUGGUGGGAAGAGUUUUUAGGAAAGCUUUUAGGAUCUUAGGAUUAGGUGAAAGGAAAGGUAGGUGGGUAAUGGAACAAGAUUUUCAAGGAGAUUUUCAGGUCCUUGUCACGUGGUUUUUUGCUUCUUUCUCCAGUGUCCUUGACUGAAUUGUGCUCAUUCUGGUAUGGUUUGAAAGAUCUCUUCACCCUGCACAAGUUAACGAAGACACAGCAGUCUUGACUUUUACUUUCCGCUUUCUCUCCUCCCUUCUUUUUCGCUUUUCUUGCCCUUUUUUUUUUUUCUCUUGCUGGGCAUUUAGUAGGCUUCAUUUUGGUGGGAAGAGUUUUUAGGAAAGCUUUUUAGGAUCUUAGGAUUAGGUGAAAGGAAAGGUAGGUGGGUAAUGGAACAAGAUUUUCAAGGAGAUUUUCAGGUCCUUGUCACGUGGUUUUUUGCUUCUUUCUCCAGUGUCCUUGACUGAAUUGUGCUCAUUCUGGUAUGGUUUGAAAGAUCUCUUCACCCUGCACAAGUUAACGAAGACACAGCAGUCUUGACUUUUACUUUCCGCUUUCUCUCCUCCCUUCUUUUUUCGCUUUUCUUGCCUCAUUUUUUUUUUUUUCUCUUGCUGGGCAUUUAGUAGGCUUCAUUUUGGUGGGAAGAGUUUUUAGGAAAGCUUUUUAGGAUCUUAGGAUUAGGUGAAAGGAAAGGUAGGUGGGUAAUGGAACAAGAUUUUCAAGGAGAUUUUCAGGUCCUUGUCACGUGGUUUUUGCUUCUUUCUCCAGUGUCCUUGACUGAAUUGUGCUCAUUCUGGUAUGGUUUGAAAGAUCUCUUCACCCUGCACAAGUUAACGAAGACACAGCAGUCUUGACUUUUUUUACUUUCCGCUUUCUCUCCUCCCUUCUUUUUCGCUUUUCUUGCCUCAUUUUUUUUUUUUUCUCUUGCUGGGCAUUUAGUAGGCUUCAUUUUGGUGGGAAGAGUUUUUAGGAAAGUUUUUAGGAUCUUAGGAUUAGGUGAAAGGAAAGGUAGGUGGGUAAUGGAACAAGAUUUUCAAGGAGAUUUUCAGGUCCUUGUCACGUGGUUUUUGCUUCUUUCUCCAGUGUCCUUGACUGAAUUGUGCUCAUUCUGGUAUGGUUUGAAAGAUCUCUUCACCCUGCACAAGUUAACGAAGACACAGCAGUCUUGACUUUUACUUUCCGCUUUCUCUCCUCCCUUCUUUUUUUCGCUUUUCUUGCCUCAUUUUUUUUCUCUUGCUGGGCAUUUAGUAGGCUUCAUUUUGGUGGGAAGAGUUUUUAGGAAAGAUUUUUUAGGAUCUUAGGAUUAGGUGAAAGGAAAGGUAGGUGGGUAAUGGAACAAGAUUUUCAAGGAGAUUUUCAGGUCCUUGUCACGUGGUUUUUUGCUUCUUUCUCCAGUGUCCUUGACUGAAUUGUGCUCAUUCUGGUAUGGUUUGAAAGAUCUCUUCACCCUUCACAAGUUAACGAAGACACAGCAGUCUUGACUUUUACUUUCCGCUUUCUCCUCCUCCCUUUUUUUUCGCUUUUCUUGCCUCAUUUUUUUUUUCUCUUGCUGGGCAUUUAGUAGGCUUCAUUUUGGUGGGAAGAGUUUUUAGGAAAGCUUUUAGGAUCUUAGGAUUAGGUGAAAGGAAAGGUAGGUGGGUAAUGGAACAAGAUUUUCAAGGAGAUUUUCAGGUCCUUGUCACGUGGUUUUUUGCUUCUUUCUCCAGUGUCCUUGACUGAAUUGUGCUCAUUCUGGUAUGGUUUGAAAGAUCUCUUCACCCUGCACAAGUUAACGAAGACACAGCAGUCUUGACUUUUACUUUCCGCUUUCUCUCCUCCCUUCUUUUUUUCGCUUUUCUUGCCUCAUUUUUUUUUUUUCUCUUGCUGGGCAUUUAGUAGGCUUCAUUUUGGUGGGAAGAGUUUUUAGGAAAGCUUUUAGGAUCUUAGGAUUAGGUGAAAGGAAAGGUAGGUGGGUAAUGGAACAAGAUUUUCAAGGAGAUUUUCAGGUCCUUGUCACGUGGUUUUUGCUUCUUUCUCCAGUGUCCUUGACUGAAUUGUGCUCAUUCUGGUAUGGUUUGAAAGAUCUCUUCACCCUGCACAAGUUAACGAAGACACAGCAGUCUUGACUUUUACUUUCCGCUUUCUCUCCUCCCUUCUUUUUUUUCGCUUUUCUUGCCUCAUUUUUUUUUUUUCUCUUGCUGGGCAUUUAGUAGGCUUCAUUUUGGUGGGAAGAGUUUUUAGGAAAGCUUUUAGGAUCUUAGGAUUAGGUGAAAGGAAAGGUAGGUGGGUAAUGGAACAAGAUUUUCAAGGAGAUUUUCAGGUCCUUGUCACGUGGUUUUUGCUUCUUUCUCCAGUGUCCUUGACUGAAUUGUGCUCAUUCUGGUAUGGUUUGAAAGAUCUCUUCACCCUGCACAAGUUAACGAAGACACAGCAGUCUUGACUUUUACUUUUCCUUUCUUUCUCCUCCCUUCUUUUUUUCGCUUUUCUUGCCUUUUUUUUUCUCUUGCUGGGCAUUUAGUAGGCUUCAUUUUGGUGGGAAGAGUUUUUAGGAAAGCUUUUUAGGAUCUUAGGAUUAGGUGAAAGGAAAGGUAGGUGGGUAAUGGAACAAGAUUUUCAAGGAGAUUUUCAGGUCCUUGUCACGUGUUUUUUGCUUCUUUCUCCAGUGUCCUUGACUGAAUUGUGCUCAUUCUGGUAUGGUUUGAAAGAUCUCUUCACCCUGCACAAGUUAGCGAAGACACAGCAGUCUUGACUUUUACUUUCCGCUUUCUCUCCUCCCUUCUUUUUUUUCGCUUUUCUUGCCUCCUUUUUUUUUUUUUUCUCUUGCUGGGCAUUUAGUAGGCUUCAUUUUGGUGGGAAGAGUUUUUAGGAAAGCUUUUAGGAUCUUAGGAUUAGGUGAAAGGAAAGGUAGGUGGGUAAUGGAACAAGAUUUUCAAGGAGAUUUUCAGGUCCUUGUCACGUGGUUUUUUGCUUCUUUCUCCAGUGUCCUUGACUGAAUUGUGCUCAUUCUGGUAUGGUUUGAAAGAUCUCUUCACCCUGCACAAGUUAGCGAAGACACAGCAGUCUUGACUUUUACUUUCCGCUUUCUCUCCUCCCUUCUUUUUUCGCUUUUCUUGCCUUUUUUUUUUUUUUUUUUUCUCUUGCUGGGCAUUUAGUAGGCUUCAUUUUGGUGGGAAGAGUUUUUAGGAAAGCUUUUAGGAUCUUAGGAUUAGGUGAAAGGAAAGGUAGGUGGGUAAUGGAACAAGAUUUUCAAGGAGAUUUUCAGGUCCUUGUCACGUGGUUUUUUGCUUCUUUCUCCAGUGUCCUUGACUGAAUUGUGCUCAUUCUGGUAUGGUUUGAAAGAUCUCUUCACCCUGCACAAGUUAGCGAAGACACAGCAGUCUUGACUUUUACUUUCCGCUUUCUCUCCUCCCUUCUUUUUUCGCUUUUCUUGCCUCAUUUUUUUUUUCUCUUGCUGGGCAUUUAGUAGGCUUCAUUUUGGUGGGAAGAGUUUUUAGGAAAGCUUUUAGGAUCUUAGGAUUAGGUGAAAGGAAAGGUAGGUGGGUAAUGGAACAAGAUUUUCAAGGAGAUUUUCAGGUCCUUGUCACGUGGUUUUUUGCUUCUUUCUCCAGUGUCCUUGACUGAAUUGUGCUCAUUCUGGUAUGGUUUGAAAGAUCUCUUCACCCUGCACAAGUUAGCGAAGACACAGCAGUCUUGACUUUUUUACUUUCCGCUUUCUCUCCUCCCUUUUUUUUCGCUUUUCUUGCCUCAUUUUUUUUUUCUCUUGCUGGGCAUUUAGUAGGCUUCAUUUUGGUGGGAAGAGUUUUUAGGAAAGCUUUUAGGAUCUUAGGAUUAGGUGAAAGGAAAGGUAGGUGGGUAAUGGAACAAGAUUUUCAAGGAGAUUUUCAGGUCCUUGUCACGUGGUUUUUUGCUUCUUUCUCCAGUGUCCUUGACUGAAUUGUGCUCAUUCUGGUAUGGUUUGAAAGAUCUCUUCACCCUGCACAAGUUAGCGAAGACACAGCAGUCUUGACUUUUACUUUCCGCUUUCUCUCCUCCCUUCUUCUUUUUUCGCUUUUCUUGCCUCAUUUUUUUUUUUUUCUCUUGCUGGGCAUUUAGUAGGCUUCAUUUUGGUGGGAAGAGUUUUUAGGAAAGCUUUUUAGGAUCUUAGGAUUAGGUGAAAGGAAAGGUAGGUGGGUAAUGGAACAAGAUUUUCAAGGAGAUUUUCAGGUCCUUGUCACGUGGUUUUUUGCUUCUUUCUCCAGUGUCCUUGACUGAAUUGUGCUCAUUCUGGUAUGGUUUGAAAGAUCUCUUCACCCUGCACAAGUUAGCGAAGACACAGCAGUCUUGACUUUUACUUUCCGCUUUUCUCCUCCCCUUUUUUUCGCUUUUCUUGCCUCAUUUUUUUUUUUUUUCUCUUGCUGGGCAUUUAGUAGGCUUCAUUUUGGUGGGAAGAGUUUUUAGGAAAGCUUUUAGGAUCUUAGGAUUAGGUGAAAGGAAAGGUAGGUGGGUAAUGGAACAAGAUUUUCAAGGAGAUUUUCAGGUCCUUGUCACGUGGUUUUUUGCUUCUUUCUCCAGUGUCCUUGACUGAAUUGUGCUCAUUCUGGUAUGGUUUGAAAGAUCUCUUUCACCCUGCACAAGUUAGCGAAGACACAGCAGUCUUGACUUUUACUUUCCGCUUUUCUCCUCCCUUUUUUUUUCGCUUUUCUUGCCCAUUUUUUUUUUUUUUCUCUUGCUGGGCAUUUAGUAGGCUUCAUUUUGGUGGGAAGAGUUUUUAGGAAAGCUUUUAGGAUCUUAGGAUUAGGUGAAAGGAAAGGUAGGUGGGUAAUGGAACAAGAUUUUCAAGGAGAUUUUCAGGUCCUUGUCACGUGGUUUUUUUUCUUUCUCCAGUGUCCUUGACUGAAUUGUGCUCAUUCUGGUAUGGUUUGAAAGAUCUCUUCACCCUGCACAAGUUAGCGAAGACACAGCAGUCUUGACUUUUACUUUCCGCUUUCUCUCCUUUUUUUUUCGCUUUUCUUGCCUCAUUUUUUUUUUUUUCUCUUGCUGGGCAUUUAGUAGGCUUCAUUUUGGUGGGAAGAGUUUUUAGGAAAGCUUUUAGGAUCUUAGGAUUAGGUGAAAGGAAAGGUAGGUGGGUAAUGGAACAAGAUUUUCAAGGAGAUUUUCAGGUCCUUGUCACGUGGUUUUUUGCUUCUUUCUCCAGUGUCCUUGACUGAAUUGUGCUCAUUCUGGUAUGGUUUGAAAGAUCUCUUCACCCUGCACAAGUUAGCGAAGAAAGUUGUCCUUGACCGUUAAAACUGAUGACGUCACAAAGGGUAGAAAGGACCUGGAUCCGCACGGGCGGUUACGGGCGGUUCAGGGGCGAAUGGGUUAAGCAAGUUCUUCAAGCAAUUGUAUUUAGGCGCUUAUGAAGGUGUAGCAGUUGCUAUUGUUGGUUUUCACACGACGUCAUUAAAAUUCAAACUACUUAACUAUCGAUCCGACUGAGAUUUUACUUUUACGAUUUAUAAGAGCAGCUGAAAACUAAUAUUCAUACAACUUCCUGCCAAAAAAACUGUCAUGUAGGUUAAAAGUGACUUAUUUCGGGGAAGUUUACUAUCUGAACAGUUCAUGUAUUAAAAAAAAGUAUUACUUUAAUGUUUAUUAGUUCCUUGAGAGAUAAAUUCACGCUUUCGUUGCAACACUCAGUAACAGAUGUUUCUUUUGAUUUCCGGCCGCCAUGUUGGUGCCCAUCCGGAUGGACUUAAUCUGUUGAACGAUUUUUAUUUUUACUUUGAUCUAUUUUGAAUGCGGUGUCACUGAAAACCAGCAAUAAUUAAUGAAAUGAUCCUCUUUUUCCUCUCAGGAUUUCAAUCCAGUAUGAUAAGUCACAUUCCUCGCCACCAGGAUGUGUUAAUGGGCUGGACUAUUGAAGCGCCACUUUUAUGCGAGAGGUAUUGGGUUCCAUGCUUUAGAGGGGCUGUCGAUGGAUGGCAUAGCCAUAUUUUUCACAGAAAAUGCGAUAACCUGGGUCCGACUUUGACUAUUGCAAGAAAGGACUCUUACUUGUUCGGAGGCUUUGCAGAUAAAAGCUGGAAAAGUAAGUCAUCGAUCAUUUAUUUAUCUUCAUAAUGAAUUUUAUUUCGCCCAAAUUGACCGACUAAAAAGGAAAUGUAAAGGAAAAAAAUCUUGCCACCACAAUCUCUGUUAAAUCGUUUUCCAUACUGAAUCCUUGCAUUUGCAAAUUUUGAAAUUUUCAAGAUGUCGUAAAACCUUUCCCCAUUUACACAUUGUAGGGCUCAAAUUUUCUGUUAUGAACACAAGAAAACUUGAGGCCUGCAUUGUUUAAUGCUUAAGGGAAUCAAAGAUUUUACGAUAAGGAUACGAGGAUUUCAACCAUUUAACCGUAACUAAGCGGCAAGUGUUGUUAUUCCUACAUAAAUCCUUCUUAAAAAUCUAGGACAGAAAAUUUACAGGUUAUCUAAUUUUGAUAUGUUCUUUUAGUUCCUUCUAAAGUUAUUUUUCCAAAAUGAUUUUUUUUCGUGCUUGCAAAAAGUUGACAUAAUUCUCUAAAGAAAAAGAAUAAGAUUAUUCUAUUCUAUUGCUCUAUUCUAUUCUAGUUGACCACGUUACCAGUAAUGCGGAAGGCCUAUUGGAUAAUAUUCCAACUGAAUAUCACAGUUUAAUUAAUAAUUUAAUUAGUUAAGUUUGAAAAUUUUUGUUUAAAUACCUUAGUUAAUUCGAGGUGCGUUCUUCUGGGAAUGAGCUCGGUGUAUUACGUUUUUGGGUAUAGGUUGUACUGGCAAUGCGCUCUCGAUUCACUUAGUCAGUCAUUUAUCCAUUCAAUCAUUCACUUUGAUUCCCACUGUUACAGAUCAUUCUCCUGCGCAAAGCAUCUACUCCCAAAGAUCGUUCUUAUUCAGCUUAAAGCCUUUCAAUACUGCCUAUGGAACUAAAAAGUUUGGACAGUUAGAGGGGAAGAAAGAUAAGGCCAUGCGGGGAUCGAGCGAUAAAGGACCUUGCUGGGGAAUGGAUGCUGAAGAAAUGUGCUUCAGCCCUCGAGCUGUUAAAACGGAACUCGGCUCCAGUGGUGUAUUUAAGGAUAAAGAUAUUCCAGAUAUCAGCACAUUUUUUACCGGGGAAUCAUCUUUCCAAGCCGAGGAUGUCGAGGUUCUCGCGCUUGCAGGUUAGAACAGAGUGUGCAAAAAUGGAAGAAUUUUAACCAAUAAAACACACUGCUUCGCAUGAAUCAAGGAAUGGAUCUCGGAAAAAUUGUGGGGGAGGGAAAGCGGGUAGUUGGCUCAACUUUCCACUUUAAACUUUGUACGGCCUAGGCCAGGUUGCAUUAAACCUUCUUGACUUUUGUUCAGGAACAAUAACCUAUUAGUUUGAAAUAAUAGUUAGGAGUUCCCUUAAUCUUAAGAUGUGUUUUGCAACCCGACCCACUGGUUAUUUUCUUUGUCACGUGACUUGCUAUACCCAUUUUUUGUUAUUUAUUUUGAUCCAAAUUUACAACACUGUUGGAAGCUUUGAUUUAAUUUAAUUCGUUUGCUAUUUAUGACUAAGUGCAGGGUUUAUGGAACUAAUGGUGGUUUUUGAAAUUUAUAAACUGUAAACUGGAAAGUUUUCUUUUUAGAGAAAUACUUGGGUAAGAAGAAAAACAAUUAGAUUAUUAGCUUUAAACGAAAAACAAUAAAAGAAAAACUGAGAAAUUAUGUAUAAGAGUUAUUAUUCUAAAAUGUGAAAUUAAGCAUAAUUAUGGGCGUGGAUGUUCAUGUGACCAAAAAUAGUUCCUUUUACCGGGUCCAGUUACAAUGGAAGAUAAAGGGAAUGCGAAACAAAAGAAGAAAAUAAUUCAGGUAAAAACCAGAUAUCAAGAUACUCAGCCAAACGACAAACUUGAAAAGGUUGGGCCAACUUUUCCAACAAGAUUAUCAGAAUCCGAGCAUGCGCAGCACUUGAUGUAGCCUAUUUAAAGCAGGGCCUCGAAGGGAGAGAAAAGGAUUCUCUGGCUCAAUUGCGAUAAGCCUUUGAAGUUAAAGGGACUACUCAAUCUUAUUUCCUUUCGUUCAACUAGUUUUUUGGUUGGUAAUCAAUAAACCAAUAGUCAUAAGAAAAAUUGCGGUUACCGACGCAUAGCAAAAUCAUCGACCGAAAAAUUCAAAAGCAUUGGAAGUCACUGUAGUGUUACAAAUCCCGUCUUUGAGGGGGGUAGGGUGUAAGGAAAAUAUUCGUUACAAAUAACCUAACAGGUGAGGUGUGGAUAAGUUUGUUUAGUUCACUUUACGUGUGAGGAGUGAAAGAUAGAAUAAGAAGCAUCCUUAUACUAAACAGUGUCAUUUUUUUCUGUAGAUUAUAAAUGUGACCCCCCUUGUCGCGAGGAUGAAUAUUGUGAUGAAAUCUCCGGCGAAUGUGUCUGUCACUCAACUUUAAGAGGAGAAGAGAUCUGUAAGCUGAGACAAGGUAGGAGCCUCGUAACCAACUCAUUUUUUAGUCAUCAAAUACAAAAAUUUAUUCUUCAUGAAGACUUCGAAGCCACGAGAUAUCAAAAUGCGCGUUCUAACCCAAGACUGCAAAAAAAGCAAGAAGGAACGUGCUGCCUAUCUUAACCAAAUCUUGGCAUGAGAAAAACCACAAGAAAAUACUUUAAAACUAAAAAGUUGUCAUUGUCUUCUUAACGAGUAUAAGGCGGCCGAGAUAUCUUCAUUCAAAGUACCCGAUUUUCAGGUUUUUGUAAGGGGUUGCUACUUGGGAUUUUUACGGCACAACUGACAUCAAUGCGAGUUAACCUUUGCUUGUAGCUUCAAAGGCGGUGGUGGUGGUGGAGUGUACACCGGCCCCCAGUUCUUUGCUAUGCCUAUACUUUAAUUUAGAUUUGCGAUCUAUCUUUCAGGAUUACAGAAACUAAAGGACCAGCAUUGCAUUGAUCAAUGGGCUAACGACAGAAGCGAUUGUCAUGGAAGAUUAUUCGCGCGGUAUUCCAACACAAACAACGACCCGACCAAUGCCUGGCGUUGCUACUAUGAAGACUCACUGACCGGUGAUCGCUGGCGUUAUGAUAUAGAAACGGCAUCAAAUUGCUAUCACGAAGACGACGGAUUAAAAUUAGAGUACUUCGCAGAUGAAGGUGAUUCCUUUCUUCAACGUAUCUGUUCCUUCUAGUACUAAAAUUUUGUCUCAAAAUUGACUUGCUGAACUACACAAACUGCAUUCAACACUGUAAAAUGUACGGCAGUGGUCCUUUUUUCUUAGAACUUAAGUUUUUCAUUUUGUAUAUUUUAUAUCCAUCCUGUUGUCUACAGGCUAUUAUCAGAAAGUGGGCAAUUAAUAGCGGAGCUCCAAGCGCGCGCGUGUGGGCAGAUCCCCAUAGCUAAGUAAAUCUACCCAUCCCAGAAAAUUUGGUAAUCACGUGACCGUACACCGAGCGACUGUCUGUCCGCACCACAGGGAAACCAAUGUUUAGUCUCACACUUUAUAGCUUGUUUGCGAGCCCAGGAGAAAACUGAUUGCAAAUCAAUGUUGUGAUCAAUUGACAGCUGUCAAAACAGGGUAUUCACUGACCAGUAUCACCUGACGUAUGGUGGGCUCAAGUGUCGACCCAUCGAGUUCGAGUAUUUUAUUUGAGGUUAUCCGCUGGCAAGUUACCAGUUUUUAAAUGAUCGCAUGCUCAAGUUUAUUUUUUCCAAAAUUCAUAUGAAAUGUGUUGUGUUUAUGUCACUAUGACCCCGCAGUAUUAAGAUUUUGAUUUAAAACUGACUCGGACGCGAAAAUUCAGCCAGUUAUUUAAAAUAAGGCGGAAAAGACCUUUUCUUACCAUGGUCACGCAAUGGUCACGCUCUACGUCCAAUUUUCAUGCUCUGAUAGAUCAAAUUUUAACAGGUGAGUUCAUGCGAAAAAUUUAUGCAGCAUCUUGAAACUUGUUUACCUUGACAGCUGAAGCUGACAGAGUUUUGUGUCAACUUGUGAUGUUUUUAACUGUCUUUUUCCACUGGAUGCACAAAAUGAAAUUCAGCUGCUAUCAGGAGUCUUCUGUUAUUCAUGGCUAGUUGGUUUUUGGUUGAGAAAUUAAUACAUCAUUUGUCAAAGUCGGAAAGCCGAUUUCGGAUGUUUAUUUGGUUUUUGAUUGAGAAAUGCGUCGCAUAUGCAUGUCAAAGUAGGAAAUCCGAUUUCGGAUGGCAUCGGUUUCGUUUUUCACUUUGCUUGAUGCAUAAGAGGGUUUAAAAAUCUCAAGCGAUUCUGGCCUUACCUGAUAGCUUUCAGGAACUGCAUCUCGAAUGGUAAGCCUGAGUAAUGAUUAAUUAUAGCUAAUUAUAUUUGAUGUUUGUUUUUUUUAUAUCUAAUUUCAUGACGCCGAGCACAGUUUACGCGGCAAGUUUAUGCACGUUUCGUUAAGAUUUGAGACAAUGAUCUGACCUAGUAUCGGGUUCUCAUAUAGGAAGAACACGUUCCGAAGAAUAUUUGUAUAGGUAAUAGCCUGAUUUGUAGUGAUAUUUGGCAUAAAUACCACGAGUGAUAUUUCAAAAUUGUUGUACGAAAUUUCACUAGCCAUUAGGCGAGUGAAAUUUGAGACAAUUUUGAAAUAUCACAAGCGGUAUUUAUGCCAAAUAUCAUGUACAAAUCAUGCUAUUAUUUGUUUAUACUACUACCCACAAAGGGUUUGUAAUUUUUACAUGUAGGUAUUUCAAACUAAGCUGAAAUACCACUGCUUUAAGCAUAUCAAAUUGCAGAAAUUUUUCAUGUAGUAGUAUAAAGUUAUAAAUUUGGCUGUAGAAAGAUAACUUUGAGCGAUUUUCUUGCCUCAAAUUCAUCUUUGAAAAAAGGAAACACCGGAAGGCCGGCUUAAAACAUAAAUCAAAGACUCAGGAUUUUUAGAGACACUUUAAUACUUGUCUUCGUGAAUGAAAACUGUUGUCUCUGUAAAUGUUUCACCGAAUUAUGUUUAUUUUAUUGAUUGUUAGUGGUCUCUCUUGCAAUUUUAAUCGCUGUGCCGUUAGUUUUCAGUCAGUCAUGAACAUCGCUUGCAGGAGAACUGAAAAUGCCGCGCGUAUUAAAUUAACGCUUUUUAAGAUUACAAAUUAACAUAAAUUCUUCAUUAUGUUGAAGCGUGACUCUGUUAAUGUUCAUUCAUUAAACAUUCUACCACAGCUCGCACUGCAAAUUUAUCAAAAGUGAGAACCCGACGGCCGUAUAGGUGAUUUUGGAAAUUUUUUGAACGGUUUCUCUAAAAGCACACGAUUGAUCGUCCUGAAUAUUGACUGAGUGCAGUUUGUCUUGAAAAAUUGUGAAAUACCGCAUUCUGUCCGAGGUCUGUAUGAUAAAUAGUACUGUUUCACCUUAGAUGGGAUGCAUAAGGUGUAAGAUGUUUCACUCUCAAAUAACUUAGCCUUUCCCUCAAACGUCACAUGAAUGUGGCCCUAAGUUAACUGACUUGUGGAUUACAAGUUUAUUGCUAGAUUUAAAUGAUAAAUUUAUUGAUGGGAGCUUCCCUUUUAGCCCUGGCUAAAUCUAUAUAUUAUAAACAUCAUUAUAAUCAUUAGAAGUCAUGAGCUUAGUUAAAUUAUCUCCACUUCCUCUUAUCUUGUACCCGAAGCUGGAUCACCCUCUUGUCUCGGUAGAUGAGUGAACGUUAAGGUACGAUAAAACAGGUGGAAAAAAAAGCAUGCAACUAGUUUUGCAAUAUUGCAGUGCAAUACGAGUUGAAAAUCAAUUUUGCUUGUUUUACCAUCCACGUUGAAACCUGUCUUGCAACAAAUCAAGUUGUUGGAGCAAGUUAAGUAGGGCGUAGUUCUACUUUUUGCAACGAAAUCUGUACAUGUUGCACUUUUUACCGGUCCUAGGCAAACUUGUUUUGCUGCAAGUGACGUAACUCCCGUCUAAGGCGUGUCACUCCUGCGUAAUUUUAUCAAAAAAGAAGUCAGUAUUCACGCAACCUGCAGCAACCUGAGUUGACUUGAACGUUGGUGGUGAAACGCUCAACAUCGCUUUUCAACUCUUUUUGCACCUAUGUUUUGAAACAAUUUGAACUCUUUUGUUGCCAGUUUUACCGCUGCUUUAAUGAAGAAAUUUGCAAACUCAGCUUUACAGCUUUAACAGCUUUACUACUAACUGCUUUACAGCUAUCCUAAAUUUUUGAAAGGACUACACUUUAUUUGGAAGGAAGAAGCCCCCUACAAGGGCAUAUUAGUGUGCUUACGCAACAGGAAGGGAGGCAAACCUUGUGUGACAAGCGUGACAUUAUGAUUUUGUUGCCAAAAACGUUUCGCCAAACUUCACCCUCCUUUAAACAUAUCUUUUUGUAAGAGACCAGAAAACAUUAACGUAAGUGAAGAUCACGGCAAAACACGAAACGUAAUAGCCCUGCCACGUUUGUCACGCACAAGCUUUCUGUCGUCUUCUUCUUUCCGCGGUCCUGUUGCGUAAACUCACUAUUGAUAUCGUUAUUCUGGAUUCCACACAGUGAAUUCCGGAUUCCAAGUACUGGAUUCCAGUAUUUUGCAUUGGAACUUGGACUCCGGAAUCCAAUCUUUAGCGGGAUUCCGGAUUCCUUGAGCUAAACUCCAGAUUCAAGAUCUUUUGUUUUCUCUUUAACGUAGUUCAGAACUGUAGAGCGCUAGGCAUGGAGAGCACCGAUAUAUUUGACUCCCAGAUUAGUUCAUCGUCUGAUUGGGAUGCUCAUCACGAGGCCAGGAAUGCUCGUCUUAACUUUCAAGCUGUUAGUGAUCGAAGCGGUGCCUGGUCAGCAGGCAGCAACGAUGCUAAUCAAUGGCUGCAAGUUGAUUUUGUCAAGGUUGUUUCAUUCUAAUUUAUUCACCUUAAUCCACACCUUUGAUAAUUUUUGUCUUUAUGACAAUUGGCCCUUGAUGUUUGGUUUGACUAUUAAAAUUCAUCUAGGGUGCUUUCCAAUAUAUUAUAUGCCAAAACGACUGCAUAUAAAAUGCUGCGCGUGCGCAUAACUCCCUCCCCUCUAAUGUAAGAUCUGCAACGAACUCAAAUACAUUCAAGUCCUUAACAAAACGGCAUUUCAAACGCCACCCUCUCUCUUGAAUUUUUUGAAUUUCCCGUGUCUACGUACUUUUAGUGUGCUACUCUUCGCAAACUGUUUAUAUUUGUACUUUCUGAACAGGAAACAGAUGUUGUUUCUGUAUAAAUGAAUAAAAUAUAAAUUAAUAAAUGAUGAAAUACAUUAAUUUUACUUUCAGACAGUCUCGGUGGUUAAAGUAGCCACUCAGGGCCGGAUGAACAGUUCUCAGUGGGUGACAAGCUAUUCCUUAUCUCAGAGCAUGGACGGAAGUAUCUUUGAAGUAUAUCAGCAAAGUGGCGUUGCUAAGGUAAGGAUUAGUGAGUAAGUGCAAGACGUUCAAGGAAACUUGCAUGUUACAUGGAAUAUAAAUUUAACUGGCUUUUAGAGGUGCUUUUUCUGAAAGACCAGAGCAGUAAGUGUCUGUUCUCUUUAGUAUGUCUUCUUUUUUUCCUCUAUUGUCUAUAAAUUAAUUUGAUGUACGUAUCGUCUAUUCUUAUUACGCACAACUAUGCCCUGUAAAAGUGGUUAAUCUCUUUUCGGCACAAAAGUGAUGGGGCAAAGUAAGGGUACUUCUAUCAAAUGCGGUUUUGUAAACGGCAUCACAAUUAUAAUAAUAUAAUAUUUCCGCUUUGGGUGUCUUCUCUUGUUGCAUUUGCAACCUGUUACGGUCAACUCUCGCCUUGCGGACAAAAAUAAUUUUCAGAUAUAAAAAACUCCCGAAAUAAACUCCGAUCCGCUAUUACGCACACUCGCUAAUGAGAACGCUGACUCCCCCACACAAGGUCCCUACAAUGUCCGCUAUGAAUAGAGUUGACUUUAUCACUUUGAAUCGUAUUGCGUGAUUUGGUUGCUGUCCGUCCUUGGUCGUUGCUGUCAUCCUUGAACGUUGAUUGUAAAUCCAACAUUCAUUACACAUCGGAAAUUCAAUUUUCUUUCCACUCUAGCUAAGGGCAGGAGUGUUGUGCUAACUACCAUAAAAGAGACGGCUUACCUGCCUACUUCAGUUACAGAUGUAAGGUAUAUAUGCAAUAUAGAAAUUUAAUUACUAUUAAACUUCUUACUUACCAGAUUUUUAAUGGCAACACGGACCAGAAUACGAUCGUCUCUCACGUUCUCCAUCCAGUCAUCUUCACUCGCUUCAUUCGGAUUCUACCAAAGACCUGGUACCUUCAUAUAUCAAUGAGAGCAGAGUUCUACGAAUGUGACGGUAGCUUAAGUUUAAGUUGCCUAUUUAUGGUCAUUACUGUACCCUGUUUCUGACUGGCUUAGAUCCCCAGGCUAGUCAAUUUUGAAAAAUAAUGAUUGUACGAUUGAGCUCAGUUGUCCAACGACAAAAAAAAAGUUUGGUCAAUUUGGUUCGGACAAUUUCAGCAGUGUUUAGCAGGUUGGCUUAGGAGAGCGCAAAAAUCAAUGGCUAAAAGCAAAAAUAAGUUACAGACACACUUAGUAUGCAUAUUUUAUUUUGAGCUUUUUAAGACUCUCGAUGAAUCAUCGAAUUAAAUCAGUGAUACCAUUGUGUCAUGUAGACCUCUGAGGGUAUUGUCUAGCAAAGCCUUCCCUUUCCUGAAAUAUACUCCUCCUCAUCCAAUAAGUUGAUGAACGUCCAGUCUCUUUGAGUGAUGGCAGCACUUGGUAUGCUCACAGCUUUCAAACAGCCUAUGAUUAUAUUUUAAAUCACUAUUUCAAGCUAGGAAGUAACAAACUUAGUAUUAGUAUCAGAUUCAGCAUCUGAUUCUUUGAUUAAGCAUCGAGUCCCCUUUAAUAAAUUCCGCUACGGUAUAUUCCCUCUAUACAAAAUUGGCUUCGCUGAUAAAAUUGUUGAGUGACAAGACAAUGGAUUCCGUGAAUACUGAUAAUUAAGUACCUUCCAACUGCGUAAUAAUAGGAGCUUUUCUCCACAUCUUGUGAUGGUUAUUUUUAUACUUACUAUAGCUUUAUAGGCUGACAAUUCAUUGGCUCUAUGUAAAUAUCAUUAUUUUCUCUCCGAACCAAUCGCAUUUCGCCUAGGCUAUGACGUUUUCGAGGUCGAUGAUCUGCUGGUGGAUUCCAAAUUUCUCUAUACAUUUGAUGACGUCAGCGACAUUAAGGACGUCCGUGGAGAAGUCUGGGCUCAAGUAAACGGAUCGCUACUGACAGUGACUGGUGUUCGAGGAGGAGCAGUUAAAACUUUGGGUGAUACAGGGACCAUUCUGCUUUCCAACAACCCUUGGGGUAGAUUAAUAUAUAUUACAGUAAACCAACAUACCUUUAGCCUUUGGCUUUUGUAUCAGUGCAGGGAAACUAAUGCUGCACAGUCAUUUUUUGCUGUUGGAAAUCAAGAAAAUGGAGGUAGGGGAGCGCAUCUUUACCAAGAAGAUGGAAGCAGAGAAGACCUCACUUUUAAAUUAACUGGUCAAUGGGAAAAGUGCUUCGUUACGUUUAGUGUUCCUCAACGAGUCUGGUCACACCUGGUAUUUACUUGGACACAAAUCGAUCAAGUCAAGGUUUAUCGUAACGGAAAGUUAGCCCCGAAUAUGGCAAAACAUUGUGAUAAUGUCGGGGCUCCUAAUGUGGACAAUAAAGAUAUUAAAUUAGGCUCCAGUAAUCAGCUUCCAUUGGCUUCAUUUGAUGAUCUAAGUUACUGGAAAAAAGCUCUUAGUACGUUGCAGGUGGAGAAACUGUUCAGGUUUUACAAGGGUAAGUUCAGGGAGGUCAUUUGCUAAUUCUAAUAGACAGUUAAGACAAAUCCUUCUCUGUCCAAUCUCAGCUGUUUCUUUUUUUUAUAGCUUUUUAUGUUUUAUAUUCUGCAUUUUGAUUUUUUUUUAAUUUCAGUUGACUUUUUAAGCCUUAAUCAAGCAAUUACAAAAUUGUCGCAACAGUUCUCGCAGCAUAUAUCGAGAGAUGUCAAAACCAUGCUGGGUCAACCAAUCGCAACUUUUACUAUACUAAAAUAGAUAUUAAAUAAACAGUUAGAAGAUAAUUGUGUUAUCAUACAACACAUCAAGUUUUAAAUCUUGCAGGUCAAACGGCUUCAACCUUUUGGGGAAAAUGAAAAAAGGUUUCCCUAUGUUGUAACAAGGCUUAAACUCGUCAGUUAAGGUCUUGCAAAGUAUCAACUGUCGACCAAUUUUGUAAAAAUGUCGAGAAAACGUUAUGACUGUUUGUUCGGUUUUGACCGGGCUUUGGUAACUUCCCUGAUCAUCCAGGUAAAACUAGAAACUAUAAUAUUACAGCAUUCCACUUUUUCACUCUUGUACCUGACAUAUAUUGGAUUGGGCUGCCUUAUGCCAAGGCAAUAUGAGUGGGCAUUAAAUACUGAUUCUCUAUUUUUUUCAAUCUAAAGAGAUCCACACUAACACGUAGAAAAAGGAAUGACUCUGCAGUAUAAUAUUGUUAAAUUAUUCCAGAAUCGAAGUAAUAUGUCUCUUUUAAGUUUCUGUGUUACACUGCAUUGUUAGGUGGUGCAAACCUCCAUGUACACGUCAGUCUAGAGCUACCUAAUGAGAAGUUUGAUCCGGAACUGAUGCGAAGUGAGUCGGAAGUGUUCCAGAACAAGAUAGCCUUGCUUGAAAAUCAGGUAAUAUUAAAACAAGAACGCUCUUAGUAGCGUUGAGUCUCGCCUGCUUGGAGCCGGAUAAGAUAUGAAUAAAAGAGGCGAUUAGACCGCGAGCGGUCGUCCUUCUUUCCUCAGAGCCACUUGCGGCGAGCGAAAAAGUAAAAUUAUGCUCUCGACCUAUUGUGACUCAAAAGAAAAAUAAGAGACUGCUCGCAGUCUAGGAGGCGAUUAAUUCCACGUGAAACAGGAUUUCCUGGCUAAAAGUGAAUAAAUGAAAAUCAGGGAAACGUGAUUCAUUUGCAUACGCCGUUCCAGAAAAGCUCGACAUCUUUCACAUCUUUUAGACUGGCUGAGAUAAGAACUAGACGGAUUUAUAAAAGAGAAAAGGCGGCCUGCAAGCAGUCUACGCAGCUUUCUAUUCUAUGGACAUGAAGUGCUGCAAGUAGAGUGCUUGACAGUCAAGUACAAAAUUCCCCGUGUAAACACGUCCAAGACACAUACGUAACUAACAUCAGUUGCCUCUGGUGGUCGUUGAAGGUUAAAUCCUUGAUAUCUCAAGUAUUUAUAAAAUGCAACGCGAUUUCACAUCUUAACGUACAACUGCAAAAAUCUAACAAUUUAAUACAUACAACAAAGAAUCUAUUUGAUCUGAGAAACGUGACGAUACACCACAAAACUAGAUUUCCCCGCUAUAAUAUUUUCGUACAUCCUACUUUAUCGAUAGUCGAGUAUUCUUCAGGGUAUUUACUUUUUAAUACUCUUAUAUAAUUACACAAAAAGGGCCUCGAUUCGGGAAAAUUACAUCAUUGCCAAACAGCCAAAAACGUGAUCAACUUAAUGCGUCAUUUUAGUCAUCGUCGAAUGUAAACCGCAUUCUCAUCACGAGACUCAUUUGCAUACAAUAAACGUCGUCACGAUUGUUAUCCCCAGUUUCCGCGGUCUCCGCUAGGAACGCCUGGGACUCUGACCUACCAUUAGCGACGGACACACGAAAAGAAAAAAAAACGCCCACAUUUUCUGAGUCUCGCUAUAAAGGUGACUCUGGUGUGUUUUCCACCAACGUUUCUUCACCCACCUGGCCUGCCAGUGUGACGUCACAUAGCAACAGGCAAGAGCCUCGGAUCGCUUGUGCAAAUUAGCAAGGGAUACCACAGUCAUUAGUAACAGCGAGGUCGAGGAAAGCUGAAUAGCUAGCAAAUAUCGCUAUAUAUUGCUAAUUUGAUCGUAGGUGUAUGAGCUUUGUUUUUGCUUUUCUCUGCUUGUGUAAACCGUUUUGAUAUUUUGUGCCCAUAAUUGCAUAAUUUUGUUAAUUUGUUUUGCGGGCCGUGUUGCAAAAUCGGCAUCUUUUUCACGGGACCGGCAAGGUCAUCUCAACUUUUUCUCCAUAAUAGGCAAAGUCUAGUCUCCAGAAUAGGAGGUUCCAUUCACAAACGACACAUGUUUAUAUUUCAUCCGUUCUUUGGCUAAUUAAACCGACCUAACUUCAUAUCAAACCGUUUCGAGUGUGGGCCUCUGUUGAUUUCCUAAUUCUCCACCAAAUUCGUAAGUUAAGCUAGUUCGAUCGAUUAUCUACUUCGAUCGGCCCGUUGAACCCGAAAUAAUGCGAAAUAGCUUUCAAAUCUAGUUUUCUAUGACAAUAGGGAUCUUAAAAUCUACAGUGUCCCCACUUAGUGGUUAUACACUGCUAUUACAGUUUUGACACUUUAAUAAAGGUAUCAUCAUCAUCAUCAUCACAGAUCCAAGAAAUUGGAACAGUAUUUCCGUGAUAAAUUCGAAAUUUUUAUCGUCUCUUCGCGAUCGAUGAAUACUUUGCUCGCCAUUUUGCAAGUCAGUUACGCGAAACGUGACGUAAUACUGGCAGGCGGACUGAACCGCCGAUUUCCUUGGAGACACCUUACCACGUGGUUUAUAGUAUGUAUUGAGGAUAGUAAAGGGAAAUUAUCACAGAUUAUGAGAUGUUAAGAUAGUAAGCAGCAUAUCUAUGUCAUCGAAUUCCCUUUAUUCCUACAGAUGAAAGCUCUUUAUGAAGAAAGAUUCGUUUCGAAAGUAGAAAAUUUUCAAUUCCGGUAAGUUGCAACAGACAUUUUGUGCCUUUUAUAUUUCUGGAGUCAAAUUCUAUUGGUUGGAGCUCAAGGUUUAAUUUGAUCCUUUGAUGCAUAAGAGUUAGUAUCUGAUCAUCUCGUAGCAGAACGACUAAAUGACUUAUUCCUUUGAGGAAUCAGGGUGGGUUCUGACAGUCAGGGUAUCCUGUGGUCGUUUGUGUGAUAACUGUACCUUGAAUCUACUUCACUGCUCCGAGGCGGGCGGUCAAUGAACAAAAAGCUGAAAAAGAGGAUGUAUUUGACGAUAAAGACAGGAGAUGAACUAGGAAUUAAGUCUGAGGUGAAAUGAUAAAAGACAAAGUUGACCAUUUUGAUAACAGGAAAAUAGCAAUACGUUCCAAGACAUUUGAUUGUCACUCACAAUUCGGGACCACGAAACGAAAUAAACAACAUGGAUCGAAAUAAACCAAUUACAACCCACAGACGCGACCUUCUGAAUCCGCUGAAUAAGGCCCUUGUUUCGUAAGAGCUGCUCAUUGGCUCACACCAACUUUCUUGGUAUAUAUACUGUUUUUAAUUGCCAGUAAUUCAAUUGGUCAACUUUGUCAAAGUGGCCCCAGUUACAGCACUGUAAUACCUGACAAUUCGAUCGAACGCUUGUACUUUGUCAAAGUAAAUUGAGUAAUCAAUUUACUUUGUGUGUUUACUUUAUUUGCUGUGUGAGGUUCAGGUUUAGUGGCCGUAUUUCGUGAAUUCAGAGACAGUGGCACAGCUUCUCUCACAAAUCCGAAACCCUGAUCCUUUCAGGAAUAUGACGCAUGUUGCGGUCAACUUUACAGUGCAAUUUCAUGGGAUUGGAUACAAGAUAAUAGAACCACUCGAGACAAGCCUUGCGUCAAGAGGAAUGCUGGGAAACAUGCCUAUAAGAUUCGUUGAGAUUGAUUCUAUAGACGGUAAUUAUGUCCCUAUCAUAUAAUCAUCGUCCUUAUUGCUAUCAAUGACACUGCAAUGACUAUGUUUCUCUUAUAACUUUACGAAACGCAGCUUUGGAAUAGAAAGGCUUACGGGCCCGAAAGAUAGAGCUUCUACUUGUUCACAACUAAAAGAUGUGCAGAUAAACCUUGUUGUCGAGUCCAUUAACUAGUCCAGCUACCAAACUAAAUCCGGCGUUUUGCAAGUGGUCAACUGAGUUGCGCUAGUUGAGAAGUUUUAAGUUCCGAGUUGCCAUGAUUUUACUGGUUGUUUUUGCUGUUGUUGUAUGAUUCUUUCUUUUCUUUGCCCUUUUAAGUUAACGAGGUUCAGUCUGUCUAUGUCAAAGUCAAAAGUUUUAUGAAUUUAACGCAGUUUCAUUCUCUGAAUAGAUAAGAUGCUUUAUUUAAACGUCGAUUUGUUCCAGCAAAUUACCACUUCAUUUUGUGUUUAUGUGAAACAUAUUUACUCUUUGAUGGAAUAUAGUACCUGGCGGUACCUCUGAUCGGUCUUGCAAUAGCGAUUUGCAUUACGCAACUCGCAACAGCAGCUUCAAUUCGCAGCUCGCAACUCCGGAUCAAAAGAGAAAAAAAAAAACAGUACUACCUUUAAAGAAACGUUCUAACCUAGCAGUAAUACUAGAUAAUUAAAAAUCAUCUUCUAUCUGUUUCUUUUAUUGUUAAAUAGUUUACACAAAGCAACUUCAAGUCAAAGCCUAUAAUACCAGCUCCACGUCUAUAGCAGUAUCCUGGACGGAUCCUGGAAAUCUAGCCCGUGGGAUCUUUUGUGGAGUGGAGAUUUUAUAUCAUAUAAGCAAUUCAGAAGAGAAAUUCAGAGUUAUGAGCUCCUCUCUAGCAUUAGAGUAUGAACUUACAAGCCUGUUACCGUAUACAUGGUACGUCAUUAGUGCCAGGCCCCACACGCUCAAAGGAGAAGGUAAAGAAAGUGAAGGAGUGUUUACAAGAACAGGAGAAGAUGGUGAGUACACCUCUUUAAUCAUUUAUGAACAACGAAAAAAAAAGGCAGAUCUAUCCGCUUCGAUGACAUAAAUGAAGAGGCUAUAUGCUCAUGAUAAUUUUCCGGGCUAAGAUUUUUUUUUUGUGUUGCUCUAGAAGUGUGAAUGACAAGCUCUAACGGACAAUUUGGCCUCAAAUAGCAAAUUAAAAGCAGCAGAGUCAAAGAUAGAAGCAGAGACACAAUGAUGUUCUGAAUUACAUUAACACCUUCGGAACUUACUUGACGUCACAUGACGUCACGUCCGCCAUAUUGUUGUCCGAAAAUAAUGAUACGGUGGCCAUGUUGGUGUCCCAAACAGAUACUGUGGAAGUUGAACCUUUACUUGUGUAAAAACGUUCUUCUUGUUCCAAUAAAUUUGCAUAGCUGCUAGCGACGUGAGUUAAAAUGCUUUUUAAACCUUUAGGCUAUGAACAGCAACAACCCGAGAUAGCACAAGUCGUUCACACACAUCGAACAUCGUGCAGGUGCAGUUGUCCGAGAGGGUUUGAUGCAUUGAAAUCCAGUUCUCACUCCUGAAUAUAUACUUCCCGUGACUUAGUAGGUUCCAGUCCACGCCCCAGCUUAUUUACUUCCGCGAGGGUCCAAAUAGGUUUUCACACAGCACGAAAGUAAGGCACAGAACUUAUCCGAUAUGAGACGCUCCACUUUUGAGAAAGGCGCGGCACAGCUUCCCUCAAUCACAGAAAUCGUACCGAAAUCACCGUUCUUGUGCGUGAACUGAAACCCUGUCUGGUAUGAUUUUUGUGCUGGUGCAAAUGCUAUCAGGUAAUAGUGCCGGAACAUAGCCUCAAAUUAAGUCAAGUGUUGAGGUACCGCUGAACGUUGAUACCAAUGUCCAUUUUAAUCACUUGCUUAGGACCAGGUCCAACGAUUAGAAAUUCCAAAAGGGUAGGGAUCGAGAAGGACAAAAGUCAAUCGGAUGAUAUGUAAACGCCCUUUCCUACGUUGCACUCCAGCGAGUAGACAAAACGAGAUCGUGUCCUUGGCAUUUUCAAAAGUUGAUACAUUGUUCACAGAAAUGCCUGCCGAACAAUCUAUUAACAAUGAUGAAUUUCAAUGUUGGGAUAAAAAGAUACGUGCAGGGACACGUAUUUUCUUUAAGUAAACUAACAUCUACAUAGCUUUAAUUUACCCCCUUGGGUUUUUAAAUGUACAUCUGAUGAGAUCGGAAUCCAAAUCUAAAAAGAAAUAACGUAAAACAAAUAACCAAGUUUCGUUAUCAUACGUAUUUGUAAACCCACAUCUUUUUUUAGCAAGCGUUAAUAUAUCCACGACGCCAGAGUGCGGAGUGGUUAAGUGUCCGUUGUUGUUGUUUCAUCGUAACCCACUUCCUCAGCACCAUUUACCAUGUGUGCAAACGCAGCGGCUAGUUUACCAUUUCUUUUUUAAAAAAUUCGAGCUCUGCUAGAGGGCAUGGUUGUAAAGAUUGGAUCGCCGUCUCGAUCGUCCCAGUCGUUCGAAACUUCCGAUAACAUCCACACUUCCCGAGUGAUUUUGUGGAAACCAACCUGUGUUCAUUUCUCUGUCAAAGUUAUGUAUGCCGUCGCCGAGGUUCUCGUUUUUCUCCGAAGAGUUUUCAUUUUCUCUGGCCGAUAGGUAGCGAGUUUCUCCCUUCUAAAAAAAAUCCACAAUUUACUUCAUCCCAGUUCGAUCUAGAGCAAACGAAACCUCUUGACAUAACAUAACAUUACAACUUUAUUAUUUAUUAAGUGUCGAUGUGUUUACAUAAAACAAGCUAAUUGGAGACACUAAAUAGGAAGAGAAAAACAGUUAUUAAUAAGUAGUCUACAGUAUUAUAAGUAAUGGUAACAGGACUGAGUGGAGUCCAAUUCGGUCUGUAAUCAUAACUAUAACAAAAUUGUCAAAUCUGAUUGGCUCUCAACUGCCCUGAUUUCAGCCUUAAUUGGACAGUUUAAUAGGACAGCACGCGUCAUGCCUAAGUAAUUGGACAGUACGCGCCAUCACGCGCGCGCUUAAAUGGCUUUUUUUUUCACUGCUAGCAAAACAGGAUUUCGAAUUUCUUGUGUUUUGGUUUAAAAAAUAGCCUAUUGUAUCACAAAUUUUGUUAAAGUUAUGAUUAAUUGGUAACAGAACUUCGUGUCGUCCAAUUCAGUCUGUAAUCAUACUCGUGAUUAAACAAAUCAUAUGAUUACAGACCGAAUUGGACUCCACUCAGUCCUGUUACCAUUACUAAUCAUACGAGUGAUUAACGACGAUUAACAGACCGAAUUGGACGACACGAAGUUCUGUUACCAAUUAAUCAUAACUUCAACAAAAUUUGUGAUAUAAUAGGCUAUUUUUUAAAUCAAAACACAAGAAAUUCGAAAUUUUGUUUUGCUAGCAGUGAAAAAAAAAAGGCCAUUUAAGCGCGCGCGUGAUGGCGCGUACUGUCCAAUUGCUUAGGCAUGACGCGUACUGUCCUAUUAAACUGUCCAAUUAAGGCUGAAAUCGGGCAGUUGAUGGCCAAUCAGAUUUGACAAUUUUGUUAUGGUUAUGAUUAAAAUGAUAAUAGUUAUGAUAAAAUGUGCCACAUGUGUACAUAGAUUAUUGUAAAUAUCAUGCAAAAUAUUAUUAUUUAUUAUUCAUAAAUUGAAUUAUUUACCGAUUAAUUUUUUCGGUUGUAGCUCCCACUUUACCUCCAGAAAAUGUACACGCCAUUCUUAACAAAUCUGGGGUUAUCAUUGUGACCUGGCAACCAGUCCCCGUGCAGCAUCGCCUUGGUGUGAUGCAAGGAUACAAAGUUAUGUACACACCCCAAACUAGCAGCAAUCCCAUGCAGAAGACUGUAAGUACAUACAAUCUGUCGGUGGUGUUGCACGAUUUGGAGAUCAACACGCUGUAUAGCAUCACUGUAGCCGCGUACUCAAGAGUAGGUCAAGGACCAUCAAGCCAGCCUGUUGUAGUACGAACUAAGGAAGAUGGUAAGAGAGUAAUCAAAAACUUGAUACAACCGUUACUUUUUAAUACAGACAUUUAGUUUCGAGGACAAGGACGACUGUGAAAAAUUUUGACUUGAUUUUUUCGCGUAUUCGUAAAAUAUAAUAUAGAUCAUACUCACCGGAAAGUUUCAAUUUACUUUUUUACCAGAAAAAAUAACACAGUGGUUUUGUGAUAUAGUGACUGAUCAAAACAAAAAGUUUCAUAAAAAGAUGUAAUGUUAGGAACCAUGUUAGCGAUCCCGCCCGAGUCUUCCACUCACACCUGGCGGGCAUUUAGAAAAUCGUUAAACCUUCACUUGUGUAGUCUCUCACUCUGAGCUUUUAUUCAGUGAAUUAUUUUAACAGACAGGCUACUGAAAAAAAGGCAUUAUGGGGAGCGCAAAGGUGCUUUCCUUGAUCCAACGGAAAAUUCGAUUAUCAAAGUCUAAUCAUGGGCUAAAAUUUAUUCGCUUGUAUUACUAAUUCUUGUACAGUGUCAAGGUAUAUCCUCAAGAUGUUGGGUUGGCUCACCUUGGCUCUAAGGAGAACUCUAAGGGGGUAUAACCUCUUACAAGCUUUCUUAAUAAUGUAAUCAACAUGACAGUUCCACUUCAGGUCAUUGUCCAUAAUAACUCCUAAGAUCUAGUAGGUAUUGGCACGCUUGAUGACAUUUCCGCCAAUUAUUAUCGGAUUAAUGAGACAAUUAGAGUUGCGUAGGAAAUAAAUAUACAUUUCUUUACACUUGGUUGGAUUAAGUCUCAUAAUAUGAGCAAUGUCAAAAUUGUGAAUGUCUGAGGCCACUACGUUAAGUAAGCUAGGGGAGUUCCUUGGAAUUAUUUCGAGAGCACUGGUACCAUCGACGUGAAAUUCAGUCACCCUUCCAACUCAGUUCACUAGCGCAGUCCGGCCAGUUUUAGAGUAUGCUGGACCAGUCUGGCAGAACAUCCCUGCUUAUCUGUCCGAAGCCAUAGAGCGAGUGCAAAAAAGGGCGCUUAACAUAAUCUACUCUGAGGCAGAGUCAUAUGCUCAUGCCUUACAGUUAGGUAAACUAGAUAGGUUAGAUGAUAGAAGAGUACUCUUGUGCUACAAAUAUAUGACGAAAAUGAAGUCCCCCAGCCAACCUUUGCACCACCUACUUCCCAGCCCACUUCUGGACGCGCCUAACUACACCUUAAGGCAGAAAGCAGAAAAGUAUUAUCUUUUCCGGAACAUGCAGGUCUGUAGGACAAAGAGAGUGGAGGACUUCUUUACAUGUAAAUUUUUCUAAGUGAUUCAAUUGUUAAUUAUUUUCAUUGUUACAACUGUAAAUUACUAUACUCUAGAUAAUAGUUGCCUUAUGAUUGUAAAAUGUACUCGAUAAUUCAGUUCUUUUUACUGCAAGAGAGUUAAAUUAAUAAACUAUUCUUAUUCUUAUUAUUUGAUAAAUUUAGCUUCUCACUCUCUCAGAUCUUGCAGUUGAUCCUGUAAAUAUCACCAACACCGUUCCAACUUCAACAAGCAUAGGACUGAGCUGGGUGGCGCCAGACUCGUACAAGCUGGGUGAAGCUGUGUAUCAAUAUCGAGUGGAAGUUGUCGAUCUACUGAGACGAGAGAGAAUCAAUGUCACUGUCAAUUCAUCCAGUACAAGAAUACAACUGGACUUUUUGAAACCGUUUACGAGUUAUGAAUUCAAAGUAUACUGUUCAACAAGUUCAUGGGAGGGAAAUAUCACUGACACGAUCAGUUUAAAAACAGAGGAAGAUGGUAAGUCUUGAUAGGUAGAAAGUAGAAAAACGAGGUUUCUUCACUUAUCUGAACGUCGCUAACUCAGUUUUGGCUCAUUUUGUAAAAUCUACCAUGCAUUUCACAACAUAAACAUAAUGGCGAUAAGAGCUGGCUAUCAUGUUUUGCAUGCCAGUUACUGAUCCUAUACAACUAGAAUACUUUUUCUCACAGAGAUCUUUAAAAAUCUUGUAUCGAUCCCUCAAAGAUCUUUAGAUAAGGAUCUUCGAAGAUCUUGAUAAUGACAGAACUCUUUGAUCUUACCAAAGAUCUUAACAAAAACAAAAAAGAGAAUAUAACCAAAGUUAAUCCAUGACUGUCCAAGUUUUGCUGUUUUCUUUUUUUUAGUUAUUCGACUAUUAAUAGAAACCUAUGUCCUUUACUUUCUAUACCUUAGCUCCAAGUGAGUCUCCAAGAAACCUAACGGUGCAGUAUUCGACUCCUUCCGCAACCACGCUGCAAUGGAAACCAGUGCACAAAUACUUCAUCAACGGCAGACUUCGCGGAUAUAAAGUAAAAUACAAAGAAACACUGAGUACGCCAUUGAGUGAUUGGAGCUUUAUUGUUAUCAAUGCCAAUGGUACUCAACAAUCGCGAAACAAGCGAAGCGUUCAGGAGGAAGAAAUAGUAAGCUUCAAUCUUGAAGGUCUAAAGGCUUACACUUCCUAUGCUGUCAUAGUUUUGGCAUUUACCAUUAAAGAUGGAGUACCAACGUUGGCAAAAAACUUCACCACAGCAGAAAUGGGUAGGUUUUGUUGGGACUGACUGAUCAAUUGAUAGGUCGAUUUGACUGAUUCGUGCUCAGUGAGUGAGCGAGUGCGUGAGUGAUUGAGUGAUAGUUAAAUACAGUCAACUCUCGCCUUGUGGACACCCCGCUAUAACGCACACCCCAAUAAUACGGACAGCAGCAAAAAUAAACCUCACUAGUCUUAUUUUCGCCAUGCAGAAGGUUCUUUUUUGAUUUCAAUUUUGUUUCGCCUUCUGUGGUGUCUGUUUUCGAUCUCAAAACAUCUAUUCCCUCGAAUUUUAUUAUCAAGUUAAAUUGUACAGUUUUUUGCAUUUAAAGUUUGGGUUUUUUACAUAUCCAGUGCCUGACAAGUCCCCGACAAACGUCACAGCGUAUGACACAAGCUCCACGAGCAUUAACAUCACUUGGCAGCCUAUUCCAUCUGAUCACGUGAAUGGGAUUUUACUGGACUAUAACGUGAUAUACCGCAGAAUUGAUAAACCUAACGACAACAUCUCCAUGUUUACUGUGAACAGCACCGUUUUACACACAGAACUUUCGGGAUUAGGGAAAUACAAGCAAUAUUCCAUUCAGGUUGCUGGACGAACAGCUGCCGGUUUGGGGAACUUUUCUGAGCCUGUGUUUGUUCGCACCGAACAAGAUGGUUCGUUUUACUUUACAGUGCAAUUCAGUUGCUUUAAAAUAUGCCAUUUUAUCUAAGCAUUUCUUUACUUUUUUGGUAAGCAAAAGUGGGGUGGGGACUCGGAGGACCACGAUGCCUCCCAUAAAUAUGAUCCAGGUUCAAAACCCGGAGGAAAUACCAUAAUAUUGGCCCUUUUUUCAUGCUAAAGCUAAAUUUUAUGUCUGGACAAACUUGCACCGGGUAAACAUCUGUAGUUCGUUUGGUUAUGUGUCUCUAAUAUAUAAAGUCGCAUUAUGAGUCAAAGCGAACUUUAACUUUUCGAAGUGCGUCAUUCAAGACGUAUCACGAAGGAUUCAUAGUUCGUCUUUAUAUAUGUGCCUGUCGUUAUACUUUAUACGCACAACCAGACGAACUACAAAUGUUCACCCAGUUCGUUCAGACGGUUAAUGCAACUUACAGAUAAAAACGGCCAUAGAAGCCUUAUCCGUCGUUAGGAUAAUACGUCCUCUAGUAUAUAAACGGCCAUUAUAUAAAAAUGUUGUUUGAAUUGUUGUUACCUCUAUCUCCUCUUUGCUUUGAGAAGUUUCUCCCGGGUAUUUUGAAUUGGCAUUCCUCUCCUUUCCUCUCUCCAAUACAGCCCAAAAUUUCCACGGAACUUUAUUCCGGUCACGUUUAAUGACAAACAAGCAGUAAGUGAAUUUGUCAAGUGAACUGUUAUAAUUUUGCCUCAUUUUGUAUAUUUUACCUUAGCUCCCGAUGAUCCGCCACAAAACAUGCGUGCGAUUGGAAUCGAACCAACAGUCCUCAAAGCUUACUGGCUUCCAGUGUCCAACGAAACCAUAAACGGCAUUGGACUGGGCUACAAACUUUCUUUAUUCACCACUGCGGGUACCAUAAUCAGGAAUUACACUUUAAACGCUUCUGUGUUGUCGUUAGAGAUCACUGGGUUGGAUAUAUGGACCAACUAUAGCAUCAGAAUGGCGGCGUUUACCAUCGUAGGAGACGGACCAUGGAGUGACUUAAUGGUUGAAGACACCGAUGAAGAAGGUCAGUCCGCCUUCACGUCCACAAGUUUAAUUUCCAUUCAAAUUUUCUUUCAAUAAGUUAGUAAAAAUUUAUUUUACUGAAUUUGCAGUCGGUAGACUGAAUUGCGCUCCUGGCAUUUGGUACAGUUCCAUUUAGCCUGCGUAGCUGGCGGUAUUGAGUCGGUGCGCGAUUAAUUAAAAGGUUUUGGCGGCGGAGCCAUGAUCCAAAAAAGGGAGUGUGGACGAGGAAAAAGCUCAUGAGUCAAUUAAAAUUUAGCCAAUGCGUGGCGGAAGUCUAAAGGGGAGAAGGAUGGAAGGAAAAGGAAGGGCGAAUAGAAGGGAAUGAAAGCGAUAUCCACUCCCUUUUCCCCUUUUUUGCGCCUGCCGCGCAGGCUAAUUAAAAUGCAUCAAGUUUGUCCCUGUUACUUUUCAUUCAAAAUGACUAUUCCUCAUUCAUUAAACAUGCUCCGUCUUGUUUCAUAUCUAGUUCCUUACAAAGCUCCAGCUAACCCAACAGGAACGGCAACAUCCUCAACCUCCAUCUUCCUAAAAUGGGAUGCAGUUGAUUUACCGAACAUUCGGGGAAUUCUGCGUGGUUACACAGUCUACUAUGAAGAAGCCUGGAGCUCAGUCCACCCGAGCGUAUUGCGAAUCGUCACUGUGGAUAUAUCUGUUACUGAAGUCCAACUUAUCAACUUACACAAAUAUACCGAGUACCAUAUUUGGGUGACAGCUUUUACUACUAGACAAGGAUUGAAGAGCAUUUCCUUGUUUGUACGAACGUUGGAGGAUAGUAAGAUAAAUUAUUUUUUUUCUAAAUUUUCCAGCGGGGUUGGGUGGUAUGUUUUUUAAGCAGUGGUUCCACCUUUCUUAGGCUCUGCAACUGCUAUAACGGCUGAGGCAUUGUGCCUUUUUACGUGAUGCCUGCCUGCCCCUUUCUAGUGUCGGAUAUUUUAACGUUGACGCCAGUCGUAAAAUAAAAGCAGACUUCUUCAAAAAUUAAUCAACGCUUGCUCACUAAGACGAAUCAGUUGUUAUAUUCAGCCAAUCAGAAACGGAUAAAUUUUUUAUAUAUAAAAAAUAAUAUCAUUAGUCUUCGGUGCCUUAAAAAAAUGACCGGUAUAAGCUUGAGGGUGAAAAAUAUAUUAAUGUGUCUCUAUAGAACAUACGUUUGUCUGUCGGUUAGGGCGUUUCUCGUCUUUCUUUCUGUUUUGCUAAUUUGUUGCAGUCAGCCAGUUUGGCUGACAAGUAUUAUUUUCUUUUCCCCAGUCCCCGAUCGUCCUCCUUUGUACAUUACAUACACUUCACCAACCUCCACCACCAUUCUUCUCCACUGGAGUUCAGUUCUUGCGCAGUUUGCGAAUGGCAUCAUAAGCGGUUUCAGAGUGGAGUACCAAGAAAUCGGCCUGUCGAAUUCCACGGUCAAGACCAGAGAGCGAUUCCUCGUUAACUGGGUUCUUUUGGACGGACUUAAGAAGUUCACCGAAUAUUCUGUUCGAGUUUGCGCCUUUACGUCCGCGGGAUAUGGACCAGAAAACAUCCUUACAGUUCUCACAUCUCAAGAUGGUAAGAAAACGUGAAAGCUUUAAUGGUAAUUACUACUACGGCAGAAUAGAAAAGAAGUCGGCCCUCAGCUUAGAGUAGGAAUACCAACACAGGAGUAUUCAAGACACAAAGCCCCAAUGGGCCCUUUGCAGCUAGUCAUUAACACUCUGUACAAAUCCCUAUGUUAGAGACAUAGUGACGAACUGGGACAAGAGAAAACAAUAACUCACAUUGUUUUAAAUGGUAAUUUACUUUAUCAUUUAAUGCAAUUUUUUCUUCCUUUCCUUCCUUGAGGGAGUUGUACAAUAUUAGCUAGACAUUUCUAAAAUUGUGUUUGACAAUUUUUACAAUUCUACGCUGUAUGGAAACAUUGUUUCAACAGGCUAAAGGCGUCAAGAAACUAAUGAAAACCUUUUUUGAACCUAGUUCCCAGCAAACCCCCAAGUAGCAUAAAUGCCAAAGGUCACGUCUCCUUAACAACCAUUCCCGUCAGUUGGCAACCAGUCGAUCCUCAGCACAUCAAUGGAGUUUUGCUUGGUUACAAAAUCAGGUACCAGGCUGUCGCAUUUGGCCAGGAACCAGCUGAAGACCAGCCAGUCCUCGAAAAGAAUGUUAGCACAUCUGCUUUGACUGUUGUUUUAGAGAACCUUGAUAUAUUUACUUUAUAUCGUGUGGAUGUGCUGGGAUACACAGUUAUAGGAGAGGGACCAGCAGCUACGGAUUAUGCAGGUUUGCUUCAGUUAAAUACUUAUCGUAGCUAUGCAAAAUUUGCCUGGCAGGAAUCGGUCAUUGCACAGGAGCCAAGGACAAUAAAUUCGAAAAGAAUACGCAAUAAUGAGAAAUACACGUUGCGGUUAGGUGACAUUUGAUUCAGAACCUACUGGUUCGUUAAAAAAAUAGAACCAAUUUAUAUUUUUUCCAUCUUAAUUUGUUCUAAAACUAAAUCCUGUCAUAUCGGUUACACUGGCUAAAAAUAAAAAAAAAUGGCAUUAUGUUAAUAAGAUGCUUGUUAGUGACGUCAUCGACGAUAAUAUACGUAUUUGAUUAAACUUAAAUGAGAUUCAACACUCGAUAAAAGUGAUUUAUUUUAUCCCCUCUGUACAACUUAACGUAUUUCUCGGUACCACAUGGAACAAAAAAACAUUCUUUCAUUCAUUACCUCCAGUUGUAAACUUCAUUGAUUAUUUCAUUUUCAAAGCUGUGAUCAGUCGAUCAGUGACCGAGUAUUGUUUGCGUAACCUGAACCUUUGUGUAAAUCCUAAUACAAAUCAACUGGGUUGAUGAACUAUUAAGUGGUAUAAAAAACUUUUGAUACAGAUAACUGUUCAGCUAAUUAGUGUUCAUUAUUUUUAUUCCGAUAUAUACUCAUAGGUUCCAUUUCACAACUACGAUGAUAUAUUCCCGCCCGAUCUAUAUGAGCUCCAAAGGCGACCUAUUUAAUCGCCCAUACAGAAGUCCGCUCAUGUUUUUCUGAGUACUUAAAAAUGGCCUCUAUUGCAUACAAUCUUUAAAAGAGAUGAUUAGGAAAAAACAUUGUGCUUGCAAAAGUCAGUUGAUUGUUUUUGAGUCGUUUGCUCAUAUAAGCUUUAAAGGCAUUUUGUCACCCUUUCUUUUUGUCCCCAUUAUCAUCUUACAAGAAGAACUGUUUUAAUUAUUGAGAGUCAUAGAUUAACACAAACUUUAUAUCUCAUUUGCAGAGACCUGCCGUUGUUAUAAGCGCCUCACUACGAGCUGGUAUGAAUUUCCACCUUAUGUCCAAGUACAAGAUGACAACAUUUCAAGCGGGCUUAUUCCACCAAUCUUGAGCAAGCUAGCAGUCACAUGUUGUCAAACCUGUCAAUCUCAUGGAAAGUCUUACGUGGAUUUCAAUUCCAAUGGCCUGAAUACGUCUGCACGACUUCGUGAUUUGCGCACGUUCAAGUCUAGUAUUGGUAACCCCACAGAUUUUUUCUUUCCGAUCUACGGAUUUAAAUAUCAGAUUCACUUUGCUAAAGAGUUUGGUUACCAUGGUCUGGUUGAGUCACCUGGGAUGGCGUACAUUAUCAAUACAAACACCCAGGAUGACGUACCCAAUGCAGUGUUGAAUAAUAUCAUUUCCUGUUGGCCAGCCGUGACACUGUUUAUAGUUAUUACCUAUUUAUCAGGACUUCUUGUAUGGGCAGUGGUAAGUCGAUAGAGACUGUAUUAAGAGAUAUAUUUACUAGGUCAGUGUAUUAGUUUUCUGAGUUACAAAUAAAGAGCGUUGAAAUGUUUUAGAAACGUCCUUGAGAAACACAAGAGGCAGGCGAGUGUUUCUUGGCCGAAAAAGUGUCCUUCAAUUGAAGAAAAAGAACUUGUAUUAGUUUUAUUUUCUUUAACAUUGGCGUGAUUUAAAAUGUUAAGUUUUAUAAGCCACUUGCGCGGCGUCGGGCGCGUGAUUGCGCAAUUGUACUUGUGGGUGCGAAACUGGAGAUUUCGUUGAGGAGAAACGGUUACCAGUUCUCCAAACCACUUCCCUUUGAGGAACAAAAGACGUGAAGACCCGACACGCGUUGUACGUUCAACUUAACGAGAGACUUAGCUGAAGAUCCGAUCUGGCGUAUAAGUAGAAAGUUUGACUGGACCAUACAUUGGUCUACAUUAGACGUAAAGAUUUAUACAGCUGCCCUAGGAGCCUAUCAAAUUUUGAUGGGCUCCUGGCUGCCCCCUGGAAUUGAUCAGAGGUGAAGGAUGAACGAACUUUCCUUAAAUUACAUCACGACAGGGAGAAUAACUCUUCAUUAGCUUCUUCCAGGCUUCAAGAUCGUGGGAAAAGCGGAUUGAAAGGAAAACCGUAAAAACCGCGUGGGGGGUUGGGAAAGAAGGGGAAGGGGUAGUGGGGCCUCCUCCCUUCUCUCUUCCCGCUCGUUGCUCCCCAGCUUUUUUCGCUCGUCAGCACUGACCGAAAGCCAAACGGAACCAAACAUUUUCAAAAACUUUAUGUAAAUGGUAAUCAGCCUCCUGUCUCUCUGAGUGUGGCUAGAUUUAUUUUACUUUUCCCUUGUUAUUUCAAACAGGAGUCUCCGUGCAACCCACAAGACUUCCCUUCGUCAUUUACUAAAGGAGUACCUGAAGGAUUUUAUUGGGCCUUUGUUUCCACGACAACCGUUGGGUAAGUGGCAGUCAUGUUACAAGUUACGGAGAUACGUAUAAUAAUCCUGUUCACUGAUAAAGCCUUUAUUAGAGACGUUUAUGUUGAAAGACGAGGACGAAUGGGAGAACGAGAUUUGACUAGUAAUCUUAGUCGCCUUAGAAUCUAAUGGUCUCUAAUGGUAACAUAAGCUAUAACGAAUAUUGAGUAUAAGAUUGGAGCUUGAGGGUUGUUUAUAGUGAAUAUUGCACUUGACUUAUCCAGCUAGUUUGCUCGACUCAUACUUCUAAGCAAAUCAGAUCCAAAUGGAGCAUAACAGGAUUGAAAACCCCAACUGACAGGAGGCAACCGGUUGGCAAUUGACAAGCGUGGCCAAGGAUUUGAACUCGAGACGAACGAGAACAAAUCCAGAAAGUGGCCAGAGCGGGACUUUAACCAGGGACGUCUAACGAAGUGCGAGUCCAGCGCCCUGGCCACUCGGCCACGCUGCCCCCUGAGAUUAGACAAAGAGACUAACGAAGUGUUUUCUUGCCAGGUAUGGUGACCGCGCACCCAUCUCUUUUAUGGGAAAAAUUGUUGCAAUAGUUGUGAUUCUGACUGGGUUGGUUCUCUUUAGUCUGGUGAAUGGAAUCUUAGCUACAUCCAUAACAAGUGUCGCUUUGGAAACAGACUACAAAAUUUACGGUGCAAAGGUAAGAGACACGCCGACUAUGGUUACGUGACUUUAACAAAGACUUAUAAUAGCUGUUCCAUCAGCCUUGCCUUCAAUUUGUAAGUGUUAUUCUAUAUUGGGUAUCCGAUCUACACCAAGAUCCGGCUUCCUUGAACCAUUUUUGUCCAAGUGGUCGUUGUAAGAAUUGUUCACUAACUUACAAUUGAACCUGCUAAGGUUAGGGUUGAGGGGGGUAGGGUCAAGUAUAAUUAACAUUUUUCAUAGGAAAACCGCUAUAGUUCACCAAAAUAAUAAAAAUCGUUCGUUGGUGGAAUAGCAUAGUUUAGUGCAUGAUCUUUGGUCUUCACCUCAAGUUACGCACAAUAAAGAAAAACGAAAAGGGAGAGUGAGAUUUUAUUUGUGUCAAUUGAUAGCAGAGGGGCUCUUUUUGGUGAUUACUCUUUCAUUCCAUUUUUUUGAAGGUCGCAGCCAUCGCGGAAACACCUGAAUACAGAAUGGGGGUUAGGAAAAAUGCCAGAAUGGACGGAGGUACUUCAAUUUCAGUGCGGUAAAAAAAAAAAAAAUGGUCUGUCCAUUCGGUUUGUUUGAAAAUCGUCUCUAAUUAUUUUGAGGGAAAAUAUUUACAUGGACACAACAUUUCACGCAUUAUUGUUUGUGAUUCCAAUUUACGGUAAAUGCAAUCCUCUUUCAAUUCUGCUAAAUAAAAUAGAAAUCGGCUGCUGAGACAGCGAUGGGGACGAUUAGGAGCGUCAUUCAGUUCGUGUGCGAAAAACACGUACCAAUAAAUAAAAGCGCGAAAUCUUCAACCAAUCUUCAACCAAUUAAAAUGCAAGGUAUUCUUUUACUGAUUUCUUCCCGGUGUCUUCCUUUCAAGGCCUUUGACAAUCGCACUCUGAAUCCUAAAUUUGUGUAAUAAAAUCUGUGAUCAUAAUCUUAAUCAUAAUCAUAAUCCUUAAUCUUAAUUCUAUGUAAUUAUAAUCAUAAUCAUAUAAUGAUUAUCAUUAUAAUUAUUGUAAUCAAGUGAUAUAAAGUCUGUAAUCGUAAUCUUUAUUAUGAUAAUCCUAAAUAUAAUUAAAAUCAUAAUCAUAACCAUGAUCAUCAAUACGAACUGAAAGAGUUAUUUUCAAAGGGUAUAUUAUCGUUAAAACACCUAGAAACGAGACUUUACCAAGUUAAAAUUUUUUCACUACUCUUUGUCCAGUCAAAAGGACCGGCAACAGCCAACAAUACAGCCAACAAAUCACCUGGCGGUUGUUUUAAUCGACUUCGCUAAUAUUGUGUUUUGAAACUCUCUAUUUUUUUGUCAACAAACAGAGUACAGCACUUUUGAGGAUAUCUUCACAGCUUUACACGAAAGAAAAGUUACUGGUGCUUUGAUAGAUACAUACAGCGCCGGAAGUAGCAAGGAUAUGUUUGCUAAACACCAUUUUAGAGUAUAUAAGGUUCUAGAUUACUCUUCUACUUAUGGAGUUGUUAUGGGCGAAGGAGCCAGAAAACUUAGAAAAUGUUUCAAUGAUUUAACUCAACAUGUCUACGCUAGCGAGAUUUCAGAGCACAUUCAGAAGAACACGGAGCAGUUAAAGGUGAUAAUCCUGUUUCUUUGUUUUCUAUGACGAGGCAUCUAGCCGAACCAGGGCAUUAUAAUACAUGUUACAGUUCCGCUAAGCUCGCGUAUAGAAACUUGAUUGUCUGCACUGUUGCUGUGUAAUCAAUGUGCAUUACAGUCAGUACAUAAUUUCUGCAUUAAGCUUUGAUCAGAAGAAAUGAAUUCGUUGUCAAAGAAAUGAGGUGAAGUUAAAGGACGCCAUGUUGCCCCACUUUUCACUAAAUAUUAAAAAGUUUUGAUCUCACUCGGUACCUCUAGGGUUUUCUACGAGUUGCUCGGCAACUUUUUGGCAACUUCUCGUAUUUCGAGCAACUCUUCACAUUCUAAGCAAUUUCUAGUUUUCUACCAAAUCUGAUAUAUCGGAGUAGCUUUUAGUGCUUAACUUGGCCUUUCUUCCAUAUUUCACAAUGUUUUAGUGGACAAUUUAUGAUUUUCUUGUUAAAAAGCAGCCAGAUCCUCAACCCUGUCGGAGAUAAUGGACGGAAGAUGCAUGCUGCUGCCGGGCGGCUAGGAUAGCGGUAUUUUUUUAAGUAAACUCAAAAUGGCGGUAUGAAUUGUUUUGCAGGAACCCGCCGAUUCGCUGCCAGUAGAGAGAUCCACAGGCCUCUUCGACAGUGACAGCUUUGUGUUUCAAAACACCUUGAUCUUAACAAGUUCUCUAUUAAUAUCGUGUCUGCUGCUAGGAAUUAUGCAUGAAAUAAUACGAUACACUAGAUCAAGAGCAAAAAUUAAGCCACAUGGUAGGAUUUUUGAGUCAAAUUCUAUUAUUAAAUUAAAUUACGUUUCUUUUGAUUUCCCUCCAUGAAAGCAUGCGUUAGGUAAAGCGCCCAAUAACAUCAUCACAUCACAUGAUCAUGAUCAUUAAUGAUAAUCAUAAUCAUAAUGUUAUCAUAAUCAUAAUCAUAAUCAUAAUCAUAAUGUUAUCAUAAUCAUAAUCAUAAUCAUAAUUGUAAUCAUAAUCCUAAUGAAUAAAAAUCUGACUUCUGGACACAGUAGGAUACUUAAGAGCCGACCAAGUUCAGAUAAUUGGUCUUAGUGAAACACUCGGAUAAAAAUUAAACAAUCGACCAAGAAGUGCAGAUCUACCCCUGCAUACCUCCCCUAAGUCAUUUCUUGAUAACUUCUCCUCGUCUGUUUGGGUAAGCCACGCAGCUCACUCCUACUUUACUUUAACUGAUUUCUCUCUUAGAAUCAUGGCACACCUCUCUAAACGAGAUGAAAGCAGUGGUUGAGAAUUUUCAUCAAAAUAUGGUACUAAUCAAGAAAAUGAUCUCUUCAAGACAUAAAAAGGAGAGGAAAGCGUUACUUUUGCUCCACCAAAAGGAACCAAAAAGAAAAUAUGAAUCGAUGGCGAUAAUUACAGAGGACCUCUUCACUAAUUCACUUUCUGGAGAAGACGACGCGCAUUGUUAA